AUUUCCAUAUUGUUUUGCUAUAUAUUCACUAAACAAAAUUUUCUGCGAAUUAUUCGCACGGGCCAACUAGUAACAAUAAUAAUAAAAACACAUACAGGUAAUAAAAUAGGUACUCACCUCUGCACAAGUGAACAUAAAAGAAAUAGCUGAAACAAAAAAGAAAAUGUAUUAAAUUAAACGAACAAACAUCACCACUGCUCAAAUGAAAUAAUUAAAUCGAAAAAUUAAGCGCGACGUGUCAACGAAUACACGUUAUUUUAUAUUCAUCAUCUAAACAUAUUUAUAAAACAAUUAAUUAAAAGAUUUUCUAAAAAAAAAAAUUUUAACUACGGGAGUAGUUAAAUAACAAUUCCAUUAAGUGCUGUGCUAAUUUAUAUUGAAUCCAUCAGAAUAAGUGUCAUACCAUCAAUAACAAGAAAAGAAAUUGUGGUAUUUAUACAUUUUACACAAGUUAACAAUUCUUCAACGGAUAAAUGUUAAUAAUUGUAUCUCAGGCAAUAAAAGUCUCAUAAUGAUAACCACUUUCGUAAUAAGGUUUGAAAAUAAUAAAUGUCUUGAAAAUAUGUUUGACAAUCAUAUGCACUUAAUAGUAAACAUAUUUUUGUUUUUAAAUAAUUCCGAAUAAAUCAAUAAGAACCACAUGAUAAAAAACAAAUGUUAAAAUUCUUACAGUUAAAAAUCAUAUGCAGUAUUUUAUGUUGAUAUAAUACCGCUCAUUUUAAUUUUUAAUAGUAAUCUUUUUUUUCUUUUUUUUUUUUUAUGUAACAUCAAUUUCCAUAAUCUCUUGGUCACAGAAAUAGAUAGGCUUAUAGUACUUAUUAGUGUUAGAAAUAGUUUCUCUGUAAAUCUAUGGUUAAUACUUGGCUCGUGGUUCCGUAGGAAGAAGAUUUAUUUGAACAUAACAAUCGUAAAGGUUUGCACAGAGAAAAUUAUUGUCAAAUAUAUUUUUGCUGAAAUAAAAGUGUAUGGCACACAUUUGUUCAACAAAUUGCGUUAAUUCAACAAGAACAGUCUGCCCAUGAGCUGGAACAACUGGAGUAGAAAUACUUCUGGACUACAUGGGAGGGAAUAUUUCAUGAAUUCCCUAAAGAACGGUGAAUAAACUAAAACAAAUUCAUUCCAUUCUCUACUGACCAUAAAACCAAAUACUUUAAAAUACAGCUUAGUGUUGACUAUGUUAACAGCAAUCAUAAUUUAUUCAGGCCAGCAAAAAAAGAAAAAUAUGAUUUUUGUCCUCAACGUUAGAUCAAUGGAACCAAUAAUUUAUAAAUAUUUAGAUGAAAAUAAACAAUAUUCUAAUCACUGGCAGACGUUUUUUGUUUUAUUAUUUUCAUCAAAUGUUAUUUCAGGAUUUUGAGAUUUUCCAAACGAUAAUUCUUUUUUCUUUUUUUUUAACAUGUUUACUUUCAUUUACUUAUACAUGAAAUACAUGGACAGAGAAAUUAUUGCAAUUAUGUAAAUUUCUACUCUAAAUUUUCCACAGAUGAACAUUUGGAACAGCUGUGCCCAGAAACUGUUUCAAGGCGCCGUAAUUUUUUUAUUUAUUUUAUUAUUAUUUUUUUUUUUUUUUUGAGGAAUUUGACGGAAUUUAGAAUUUCUGAGGAAGACACAUUUUGACGAAGUUUUGAAUUUUCGAGGAAGAUCAUUUCGGCAGAGUUAUAACUUUACGAAAUGAAAACUUUCAAAUCAUAGGACUAGAGGGACUUUGAGCUAAACUUAGGAGGAGCAUUGCACUUUUCGUUUUUACGGAAAACGAGCUGAGCUCGUUAACAAAGAAAAUUACUCUCACUGUAAAGAAUUCAUAUAAGAGUGGAAAACUAUUGCAUACCUUUACCUCCUCUGGACUUCAUGAAAAAUUAUGGACAGUUAAAUGAAAAUAUCCACAGUCUCCUCUACAGACAUUUUUCACCAAAAUCGACCAACCGGAAGUUCCAUUUUAUGUAAUCGAUUGUAUAAUUGUGUACAAUUUUCUUGAAAACCUCUCAAAUAAAUUACGUUUAUCAUAUAUAUAAACAUACAUAUAUAUAUAUAUAUAUAUAUAUAUAUAUAUAUAUAUAUAUAUAUACAAAUUACCUUAUAUCAAUGUUAAAUUCAAUGUAUUUUUUUCUGGAUAACUGCGACUUAAUAAAUUAGUAUACAUUUUUAUUUAUAUAAAUAUAUUUCAUGAUUUUUAUCCCUCAUAGAUGAAGAUCCCCUCAACCUCAACAAUAACACAAUCUGGAAUCUGCUAAAAUUUCAGACCAACCUUUAUCCCCAAUAUCUUCACGGCGAUUCGUCAUUAAAUGACACGAUAGCUAUUGACGAAGAAUUUGAUCACACCGGGUCUCAAGGUAUGGAGGAAUCAUAAGAUGUUUAUAAAAUUAAUCUUUGUUAAUUGGAUUUUAAAAUUUAUUUUAUUUUUAUAAUUAUUUUGGUUAAUUAACUAUUUAAGAAUUAAUUAUAAAAGUAGUAUGGCUCCUUCGAUCAAUUUAAAAAAAAAUUAAUUAAAUUUAAAAUUUAAAAAACGAAUUCAUAUAGACUUCGUUUUUUUUUUUAUAUAUAAGCUUCGGCGCUUCAUUAGGUGUUUUUAUUAAUAUUUAUUAUUUAUUUUAUUAUAUGCCGAAUUUUCUUUUAAUUCAGUUCGGUAAUUUAAAAAAAAAACGACUACAUUUUGAGACUAUCUAGAAAAUAAAAAUUAAUUAAUUUAUCCUAGUGAUUUAAUUAUUUUUUUUAAAUACCGCAAACUUGCGUACUAUUAGUACCUUAUAUUAUUUUCAACCAUUCUAAUCUGAGUGUCCGGCUCUGAUGAAUGGUUAGAACUAAAAGCAAAAAAUAAAAUCCCCUCCCACUAUUACAAAAAAAAAUAUAAUAUUUAUUUUGUUUAUAGUAGACAUAUGUAAAAAAUUGAAGAUGUUCCCAAAGAGCAGUUAUUUUGGUACAAUAUACACUACCUACCUAUAUCUACCACGUACAUCUCCAACAGUACCAAGAAAUUAUUUAAUAAAAUUUAUUUAUUAUUAAUUAUUUAAUUUUUUUUUUAAACGAAUUUCUUGAAUAUUAUUACAAGCUGCCACAUUGAAGGGUAUCGGUAUUAGGGUUAUAAUAUUCAUUCGUUCUAUAUUUACAUACUAAAGAGAAAUAUAUAUGAACAAUUACAACAAAUAAUAUUAAAAACAGUAAAUGAGAUAAGAGAAAUAAAAUUUCUUAUGACUGAGAAUUAAAUUAUAAUUAACAGUAAAAUAUAAUUUAGCAGUAAUAAAAUGGUUCAAUUUAUAAGAAAAAUCACAUGUUGAAAACAGAGAAACAGAACAUUUUUAAAAAUGGCUAUCGUGUGCCACCUCCCUAAUAAAUAAUGUUUCCCCUUUUAAAAAAAAAUUAUAAAUCAAAUUUCAUAUUUUCUUUUUUAAAGUUAUUUAAAAAGAAAAUAUUAAGUCAGUCGUAAUAUUAUAUCUAUCGCUAUUGUCUACAACUAGAAUAAAUAAUUAUUCCAUAUAGAAUUACGUUCUAAAAAUAAAUGUCAAACUCAGCUGGGCUCUCCACUUUUCAAAAAUUAUAAAUCACUGAUAAAGUAUUAACAAAAUUCACUUUUUGUUUCUCAUUUUACUUAUCUGAUUAUUUUAUAUAUUUUUAUUUACAUUGAAAAUGGAUGAGCAGGAAAAUUACGCCUCACUGGCCUCUAUUUAUGCAAAAAAAAGAAGAAAAAAAAAACUGGUUCCGCCAUUCAGAACCUUUUUAUUCCAUUGUUGUUUUAAAAUAAAUUUGUAUAUAUUUUGAAUACAGAUGAGUAAGAUAUAAACAAUAAACUUUGGAUCAUUCAUUUUUUCCAUUAUUUUAAAGGAUUAAAAUGGUAUAAAUAUAUUUCUGUAGAGAUAGAAAUAACACCACAUAUUUGAACAAUAUAAAUAGUUUAACUGUGUUAUUCUUCCAUAUUCUUAUACGAUGAAGAUUAUUUAUAAUGAUGAAUGGUUCAUAAAUAGGAAGAUUAAUAUAAUAUAUGGCUACCAUUUUCUAAUAUAGUUGAAGGGAAUGUAAGAAAUAGCUUCCUAUAACUUGGAUGAUAUCACGAAAUUUCAAAACAGAAAAAGAAAGAAAUUGCAUCACUGUCGAGGAAAACAGCAGUUCGCAUGACGAGUGCCUAUAACAUUAAUGUUGAAUUUUUCAUGUCAGCUCGGAAGAAUGUCUGAUAUUGCCAUGAUAAGGAUAAUUUGCCAAUGUUUGGAAAACAUUAAAUAAAACGUUUAAAAUAUGAUAAGCUUGGGACGUUAACAACCCCAUAAUUAGUCCAUUAUAGUCAUGUGCUAAAUAUUUUUAAAUAGUAUAGAAAAUAUUUUUAAAAAAUUAUUAAACUUUUGAUAAAUUACGCCAUUUGUUCAAGUGUAGAUUUCUUAAAUCAGUCAACCUCUUUUUAAAAUUGUUUAUUUUUUAUAAACAAUAUUGUUAUAAGAAUUUCAUGAAGUAAAAUCAUUUCUUUUCUAAAAAAGGUAAUUUUACAUGAGUGGUCCCAUAUUAUUUUUAGAAAUUUCGUGAAAUACCUGAUUUUCGUUAAACAACAUUAAUAUAAUAAAUCUUUUUCGUAAUUCUACUUAAACAUUUUUUAUUGAUUAUGUAUAGGAUAAAUAAAAAAUAUUUUAAAUGAGUCCUGAUCAUUCAAUUAAUAAAUUAUGUGUUUCGCUUAUGGAACCUAAACUUAGACUUAAGUUAAGUCAAGUUUUUAAGUACAUAGAAACUGACGAUAAAAAUAUUGAAGUACAAACUUGACUAGCUAUCGAACGGCUCGAAUUAAAGGUUAUUUUUCAUUUAUUUUUAUUUGUAGAAACAUUUCUUCAAUUCUAAUUCUAUUAAACCGUUUAUUCGCUUUGAUCUAGACCUGAGCAUUAUAUUAAAUGAAAUACUUUAAAAUGUAUACGAUUUAUUAUAUAUUUUUUUUAAUAAACAAAAUAAAUUACCAAAUUCUGUAUGUUCGUUAACUUCUAUCAUAAGAAUGUCUGAUAUUGCCAUGAUAAGGAUAAUUUGCCAAUGUUUGGAAAAGAUUAAAUAAUGACUGAGUAUAAUAAUGACUAUUUUGUAUUGAGUAUACUUUCUAAGCAAAUCCCAAAUGCGCCAAAAUGAAUAAUUUAAUAUUUCAAACUUAGUGUCCACUGGAUUCCCAUCCUAGUUAUGCGACUAAGAGAGAAGCGCUGGGAUCUCUUGGAGUCCUGCCUUAUCCUCCACACGUGGGAGAAAAAGCCCGACUCGGAGCUCCCUCGGCUGACUGUAUUGUAAAUAAGUAUGAAUGUGUUUUUAUUUAUUUAUUUUUUUAAUGUUGUCUCACAUUUGAUUUAUUCUGUUAUUCCAAGUUUUAUUUUCUUUCUUUUGUUAUAAUCUUGUUUUUAUUUUAUUGUAUAUAUGGUAUGUUUGUGUUAGAUUCAUCCUAAAUACUCAAUGCCCUUAAUUGAGGCAAAAUGUAUUUUUUUCUCAAUAAAGUAUAAUAUUUAAAUAUUUCAAAGGUCAAAUAACUGAACUUUCCUUAACUAUAUAACUGAAUUAUAAUCAAAAUACGUCUGUCAAGUAAAAUCAGUAUAGCCUCUUCACGGUUUUCAACGGCUCUAUAUUAUUAUUCAAGGCCUUUAAUUAAAUUUAAUUUAAUUAAUAUAAAAUCGCCGGGCAAAACUAUUUCGGAAAUACAGUAAUUCCUCUACAUUUGCGGGUUUGAUAUCCACGAAUUUUGUUUAUCAGUGAAAAUUAGUGUUGCCCAAAAUCGGUCUUGGUCUUGCAAGGUCAAGACCGCCUAACUUUUGCAAGACCAAGACUGGUUAAAAAAAUCGAUUUUUCUAAUAAAAUUUAAGGAAAAAUAGUUACUAAUAGUUGACAAUUACAGUUACUAUAUGUAAAGAACUGGUAUAACCAAUAUACUUUUCCAUUUAACUCUUCUAAUUUUUCAUUCGGGCUUAGUUAGGUUUUUCUUAUCUAAAAAAUUACAUUAAUAUCUCUAUAAUUAUAAGCUAAUAUGUAACUGCAAGACUGUUGGGAGACUCUUGUGCCAGACCAAGAUCACGACCAAAACUGAGUCCGCAAGUCCAAGACUAGUGAAAAUUAAAAUGCGGAAGAGCUCCACAUUUCCGAGAUCGAGUAUUCGAUGAUUCAUGAUAAAAAAAAAAAUCCUAGUACAUACUGAACAUCCCUAUCACUAUGGUUGAUUCAAAAGGUCGUAUAUAAAAAUUAUGUGUUUUACAGAAGAACAUAAGAACUAAUUAUUUCUUUAUUAUGUGGCACUAUGAAUUCAUAUAGUACUGCCCUCAGCUAUUUUCCAUAGUAGCAGACUACCUAUAUCAGCUGCAUACUACAAAAUGUCACCUUUAGCACAAAAAUAAUAAAAAUUAUACAUACAACUUUUGGCACUAACAGUAGCGAUAUAAAUUUAACAGAUAUAUUUUCACUUGUAAAAUGAAUAGAUCCAAAAACUCAUUGAAAAAAUUUUAACUUUUAGUUUGUUAGGCAUUAACGAGAUCAAUAUUUUUCAUCAGUCAAAACGAAACUAAUUUAAGCUGGAAUAUAAAAAUAUGCGUGAAGUUCAUAUAACUUUGAUGUUUAAGGAGGAAAUCGAGACCACGACGAGCUGGCUGAACUUCAAUAGAAAGAAAUACAAUCACAAAUAAUUUUUUUUUUUUUUUUUUUUUACAAACUCAGAGUAAAAAUUAAUUUAAAUUUACUGAGCAUUACACGAAAUCUAAGUAACGGCUCUAAGUGUCAUGCUAGUAAAGUUUGGAAUCGACCAAACAAUAAAGUAUAAAUUAAAUUUUUGAAUAAAACCUUAUUAAAGUUGGUAACCUCAUAAAAAUAUUGCAUUAACCUAAUCCCUAUUACACAUGAUCAAUGCCUUACAAAUUUCACAACCAUUAUAUUGUUAACAGUUAUUUAUAUUAAUUUUAAUUAUUACAUGGAAUUCAACGAAAUUCAUACUAUGCAAUUAAUAUAAUGUUCUCCAAGUUUGAGUCAAAUUUAACGAGCCGUUUUCGUACUAUAAGCAUGUCAAAUAAUACAUUUAUUGAUCCGAAAGCGGAAGUUUUUUUGUAGCAGUGAAUAGAAUUCGAUAAAUUUGAUAUUCUCUAAAUCAUCUUCUAACCAACCCCUAUCUUCCAUCCACGUUUGAGCCAAAUCGAAAGUGUGGUUUUAGAGAUACAGGUGUAUCAAGGAAACCACGUUUGCGUAUAUACAAGAAAAAGUAGUGGACGGAAUUCAAGAAAAUUGACACUCUCUUAUUUUUUUACCAAUAACUAUAUUUUAUCCAACUUUGAGCCAAAUCUAAUGAGCCGCUUCUGAAAUAUUAGAAUAUCUAUGAAAAUACAUUUACGCUUAGGCAAGCGGAAAUAAAAAAUGGAAUUUGAUAAAAUUGAUAUGGAACCAUCUAGACACUAACCCGCACAAUCUCUGAAAAUAUGAAAAUCGAAUGAACCGUACUAGAUGAUAUGCCCGUCACAUCGAUUUGACUACAGACAAACCGACGAUAGACGCCGAACCAAAUUUGAUCCUUGAUGUCUGAUACGUAAAAUGGGAGUGGAAAUUUUCGAUUCUGAGCACAACUUUAACUUAUACUUAAACUUUACCAACUAUAACUUCUCAUACGAAUACAAUUCUUUCCUACCUUCGGUAGCAAGGAAGUAAAAAGUAUAUAGUAUUUAUUUAUACUAUAUCAUAUUUUUUACUAUUUAUAAAUUAUUCAUGUAGCGUUAUUAUAAAUGGUUGUAAAUAUUAGAUGAGGUAGAGAAGAAACUAUAUUUUAAAUUAUAUAAUAAUAGCAAAAGUUGAAUUGGCGAAGAAAAGAAAAAAAUAAGUAUACAUAUGACAUGGGUUUGAGUAAGUUAGAAAUGAAGAAAAUAAAAGCGCUCAAUGUUUACAACCUCUUUUCUGCUAAAGAAAUAAUAGGAAGCUAUUUCGUACAGUUAUCAUUUAAUUCCAAAUUAAGGGGAAAUGGCCUUGCUACUUGCUAUUUCUUCAUUUCCUAGCCGGCUUUAUUUCUGGAGAUUUAAGAAAUCCCGAGCGGGUAGAGGAUUUUCUUAAUUGGAAAACCUUUUUAAAAGCUCCAAAAAAAAGGGGAGAUGACCCAGUUAAGUGGAUAAAUUGAAUAGAAAAUAAUAAGAUUUUGGUCUUACAUUCCAUCAUUGACAAAAGAUUAAAUAACGUCAAGAAAUGGAGAUCGAGAAUCCGGACGGAUUUAAAUGAAAAAAACAUUAGCUGUUAUGUAGAACCUCCCUUUUUAACGACCAAUUAUUACUCUUUACGUUCAAUCAUUAUUUUCAUUUAAAUCUGUUUUAUUCUUUAAAAAAUACACUGACAGGCAAAAAAUUCCACCCACUUGAUUUUUUCAUGUUUUCAUCUAAAAAUAUUUCUGCUUUAGAUUGGUCUAUCGUUUUUAAUGAAUAAAUAGGUAAUCUUUUUGUUUGUUUUCAAUUAGGAAUGUUAAUAUAGAGGACAAUAACCCUUAAUCCUUAAUUCAAUGAAAUGAUUCUAGAUUCCAAUGUUUACUUUCUAUGGAAUCAAAAUGUUUAUUCAGUUCCAUUAGUUCAGUGCCGUUUUUUGCAGCACAUUUCUUAGUCUCCGGCUUUUAAUUUUUUCAAUAUUAAGUUUUAAAAUGCUUCUUAGUGCUGAGGAUGUUGCGCGUGGUGUGGCACUUAUAGAUGAUGGACGUUCCAUUAGAUAUGCAGCUAAUGCCAUCGAAGUUCCAUAUGGAACUUUACGAGACGCCGUCAGGCGUUUUCGAGAAACUGGUUCUUACAAUAGAAGGCCCGGGGUUCUGGACGGCCUAGGGCAACAGAACCACGGGAUGACCGGUUUUUGUCUUUCAACUUUAUUUAUUUUAGAAUGAGCUUAUAUUUGGUACAAAACCGAUUUCUAAAGAAAUAAUAGGAAGCUAUUUCGUACAGUUAUCAUUUAAUUCCGAAUUAAGGGGAAAUGGUCUUGCUACUUGGUCUUUCUUCAUUUUUUAGCCGGUUUUAUUUCUGGAGAAGGCAGUUUGAGGUGUAUUAUUGCAUUUUUCGCAAGUAGGAGCUUCUAGACCUCAUAAAAGAUAGCUAUGAGUGAACUGGCAGUGCCCAAUCCUAAGGCGGCAAAGUAUAAUUUCUUCACGCCUGGAACUUCUGUUGCUAGUGAGCCAUUUAUCGCAAUUUAUUUCACUUCUUUCAGCUUACAAUCUUUGAUUUUUCAAUCUUUUUCCCACUCCGCCAGUUGUUUUUUCUUUGUUUGGUAUACCCAGUCUUCUAAAGUGAUAUAUUUCAAUCUAGUCACUGCCUCUUCUUCUCCUCCACUUCUUGCUAAAUAGGCUGCGUGGUCAGCUUUUUCAUUCCCUAAAAUUCCGCAAUGAGUUGGUACCCAUACCAAGACAACUGACAGUCCUUUGUUUUUUAUCUUCCACCAAAUGUUAAGUAUUUCUCAAAUUAUAGAGUUUCUGGGAUAUGGGUUAUCAAUGGCAGUUUAAACACUGUAUGAGACCGUCACAACUACCCAGUAGUUCUUUUAAGAUUCGCUUAUAAGAUAUAAAGCAAUCAGGAUGGCAGUCGCCUCUCCUGUGAAUAUGGAGCAUUCUCCAGGUAUAUUAAACAGUAUGUCGUUCUCUUUAGUGUUAUUAAUUGUUUCAUAUGUUCCUUACAUUAUUAUGAUUAAUUUUCUGUUUUUAUUAUUUUUCAUAAGUUAAUAGUUUCUCAUAUUGUUGUAUUAUCUUAGUCCUCAACUUUGAGCAGAAAUUUCGACAAAUAUAAAAAUAAAUAUCAUUUAUUUAUUUUUAUUGAACACCCAACCAACUUCUCUUUAAUUAAACAGAUGAUUUGUAAUUAUUCGUCCAAUAAAUAACAUCCUAUUCUACUUCUAAAUAGGUUUCUAUAUAAGAAAAAGACAAAGGGUAUACCCUGAUUACAUAGUCAUGUAAUAUUUAUCCUUUAGGGGACACAUACAAAAUAAUUGCAGGGUAGAAAGGACUCAGGUCAGAAUGCAGCUGUAUUUUUAAACACAAUUCCGUCUCUCACUCCCUUGGGGCGCACAACCGGAUUUCCUGCUUACACGUGUUGCUCAAUCCAGAGAUGGCUUCGUGUAAAUUUAAAACAUAAGUUUGGAACUGCUAUAGAAAUUUCGCUCAAAAAUGGCGGAAACAUGAACUCACACAUAAUGUUAUGGUUACAUUGAACGUUUUUAGGGAGGGGGAAUUAUUAUCAACUCUCAACACUGAGUGCUUUUUAUUUAGGGUAAAUGUUCUAGUGAUAGACAAUUUAAGAGAAAUUUACAACAUUAAUGUGAACCACAGCUAUAGUUCUAACAGGGGAUCUAUGUAAAUGGAUUUAAUUGGAAAACAAUUUAAUAUUUUAUUGAUUUUUUUUUUUUAUAUACCGUCAAUUAUUCAUGAAAGUCUUAAGGAAUUCUGACAGCAUAUUUUGCACCAGUAAUAGAUACUCAAGUUUUUGGGAUAAAUAGCUUAUUUUAAAUUAUUCAAAAAUUCACAAUAAAUUCCCCACAGUUUUAAACUAAGAAAUAGCAAACCAUAGAUGAAUGACUAAAACUUAUCUCCUGUUAUCAUCUGGGUUCAGUUUUAACUGUACACUCUUAUUUUCACUCUCUUUUUUGGUGUAUAAAGCUUAUUAUCUGUUAAUUUAAUUGAAAACAGUCAAUUUCUGAUACAUUUUCCGUACAAUUUUUAAUAAAAUAAAACACUUAAAAGUCUGAUUUUCACUUUUGAUUUGGAUAAAAGUGAGUAUUUCUUUCCACUAAUGUGAGAACUCCAGGUCAUCCCUCUGUUAAAUAUAAGUACAAAAUAACAUAAAGUUAUGUACAGUAGAUAACAUAAAGUUAUGUACAGUUAUAUUAAAUUCAAUCAAUUAAAAACCUAAACGAGAAACAAACACGUACUAGCUUAUUUAUUCAUUGAGUCAAUAGAGAGAAUAUUUCUGAUCUAACACAGGUAUUAUGAUCGUGAGGUACUAGACAACAGAAAUUAAUCCCGCCCACGUUCCCUUGUUAUAAAUUAGAGCUCGAAUGUGUCCCGGUCUGGCGAGUACAAAAUGGCGACUCGUUAAUCAUUUUCUGACGUCUAUGUGUCCCACGUAGGUAUAAUCAAAUUUCGUAGGCUCCGCUGCUGUCAUUUAAUAUAUCUUUUCAAAAGUUUUCAAAAUUUGAUCUUGACAUCCUGUCAUCAUCAUAUGAAUGAAGUUUUUUUUUUUUACAUCAAUUAUUAUUAAAGCAAAGAAAAGGAAAAUGAUGAGGAGAUAAAAAUAUUUUUUUUAAAAAUGUAGAAGAGAAGGUAAAAGAAAUUUACUAAGUUUAGCUGAAGGGGCGUUUAUAUUGGAGAUUAUAGGACGAAGGGGAUUUUCAGGUUUACGGAUUUUUGGGAGCUCAUAUAAGCAGGGUGCUAAGGAACUGAAGGAUAUCCACAAACCAAAAAUCCACAAACCUGAAAAUCCCCAUUUUCCUAUGUUAUUUAACGUCCGUUCACCUAAACUCAACAAAUUUCUUUUAUCCUCUCUAAAAGAUUAACCACGAUAACUCCUAUAAUUAUAGUAAUAAUAAUUCAUUUCAUGUUAAGAAUAAAAAUUAUUUGACAUUCAACACAUAUAUAUGAUCACGAACAUACUAUUAUCAUACCAUAUGAUAUAUGGUUCUAUAAAUAAGAUAAAAAUAAAGCCAAGAAAAGAUUGAAGAUACUUAAAAUUAAAGAAAAUAUAGUUUUAUGACUAUUAUAGUGUAUAAAAUAUUAUAAAAGAUCCUGUAGUGGAUACGUAAUUUGAAUAAAGCAACAUGGAUUCGCUUCCCAUAAACUAUAAAAAUAUUUAUAAAGACUUUUAUCCUAGAAAUGAAGUUUUCCGUUGUUAAUUUAAAGAGCUGUUUUAUGGACAGCUGGGAUUGUGAGAAGACGUAUUUUUCCAAUAGAUAAUCUAGUUAUACAUCACCAUAAAUAAUUUUUUUUAGUAAAAUAUUCCAAACUUUUUGUCAUAAAUAGUAAUUUUAUGGCAUUUUUUAUAGGAAUUAAUGAUAGUAAAUCAGCCACACCACAAUUCAUGAAUGAAAUAGCCGCAGGACUGAUUCGUGACGUCUCUGUAUUCCGUGUAACGUCACUAUGAACCGUUUGAUCUGUCUAUCUACUACAUCAUCUGACAGGAACGCAUUUAAGGGAUGAGUGAAUUCAGAUAGUACCCAUCGAAAUAUGAAAAUUAACCGAACCAAAACAAAACAACCACUUUUUAUUCAAUGAUAUUAACUGAUUAAUAUUGAUAAGCGAUCAACCCAUUACUAUGGCCUGAAUAAUUACAAUAAUUAACGUGUUAUCUUCCUCUGAGGACGAGGUACACCGCCAACCUGAUAAACCUAACAACGGAAAUACAUGUUUUGAGGUCCCUGAGUCGAAAUAACGAAGUCCCACAAAAUGGUCUGUGUGAGUGAGUGUGUUUGUAUGUAUGUAACAAGUCUAGCUCAAAAACGAAAAGUCGUAUGAAAGUGAAAAUGCAUAUUUAAGAUUUGUAUAUAUCUGAGAUGUUACAGCAACGUUUUCGUCAAAAUCGGCUAACCCGAAGUGUCACUUUAUAUCAUCGAUGAAACGCAUCGGUUCCAACCAUUUUGAUUAAAUUCUAUAAAGUUUUUAAUAUUAUGUAGGUUUAAUUCUCAUUGAUGUUCUUUAACAGGGCUUAAAUGGCUAAUUUUCAAUAUUAGAUUUCUCUAAAGCACCAUUAAUAUUGUUUACCUCAUACCAGACUGAACCGACGAGAAACCGCUCGACGUUUCCGAUUACUUCAGCACUUACUAAACAAACACUCUAAACUUCCAAUUAAUUACAAAACACUCAUAUACAUGACUAUAAUAAGGCCUAUUUGGACUUACGAAGUUGAGCUAUGGGGCUCUACUAAACCAUCGAAUUCCUCUCGUAUCCAAUUCUUACAAUCCAAAAUCCUUCGUAAAAUCCUCAAUGCUCCCUACUUCGUUACAAAUAAAAUCAUCCAUAAUGACCUUAAUGUUUCUUAUGUUUCAGAUCUGGUCCAAUCCAGGUACCUAUCCUUCCAUAAUAAACUUCAGAAUCAUCCCAACCCUCUCGUUUCUAAACUUGCUUCCUCUUCAAUUCCUGAUAACCCUCCGAUGCGUCUGAAAAGAAAAUGGCCUCGAUAUCUCCUAAUGUAGACAUAUCAUUAGAGUGCUAUCAUUGGGUAGUUACUCAGCAAUUGUUUUCACGUAUCCAUAUGUUAAAAUUUACUAAAUGUAUUUCUUUAAUACAGUUGUAAAUAUCAUUAACAAAUAAUUUUUUAAAAAAUUGAAAAUUUGUUUAUUUUUAAAACAACUAACCAUUUCACAUUUAUCUCUAAUACAAAAAAAUAGUUAAAUAUAAAAUAUGAAAGAUUUUGAUAAUUAACUAAAGGAGAAAUAAGAGAUCGCAACAGAGAAUAAUAGUAACGAAGGAAUCAAAGCAAUACGACAGCUCAUCCGAAAAUUAGAACAGACAAUAUUAUGUACAUGUGCAUAUGCGAUUUUUUAAAAUGUUUUCGUUGGUAUUAUUUAAUAUUCAAUUGUAUAUAUUACAGCUGUAUAAAUAUUAAAAUUUGUAUAUAGGAGGUACUUAAAAAAAAAUCCACAAUGAAAUAUAAAUCAAUAUAGCUUUUAUAAUUUUUUACUUUCUUACUUAAUUUUUACUUAAAUAGAUUGUAUCCUUCUUGAUCAUGCUCUUUUAUAAUUCUUAUAGCCGUAAUUAUUUAAUUAAUUAAGCACUUUGAAUUUGGAAGUUACAUCAAUAUUCUAUAUAAAAACUUUGCCUCUUUCAGAGUGAACUAUCAUUAUUUUCAAACGCGUCCUCAUCUAAUUAAACUUCUUAUACUAGGUAUAUAAUAUAUUUAUUCGUUUUGAAGAGAGACCAUAUAUAGUCUCGCUGGAAUUUCCUGAAGUCUAGCUUUAGGCAAAUGUAAAUAUUGUAUAUAGAUGAGAAUGAGUUUUAGAAGAAUUUUAUUUGUUUAUUUAUUUUUUAAUUUUUGUAAUUAAUUUGUGUAAUUUUAUCACAUUGCUCACAUAACAAAAAAAAAAAAAAAAAAAUUGACAGAAAUAGCAGAAAGGAUAUUCCAACACACUCCCAAGUAUAACAUUAUCAACAUUUAACAGUAAUUGUAAGUAAUAAAUAAACAAAACAAAUGUGAAUUGAGCAUCUCUGUUUCUCAAAAUUUCAGAUGCGCUCACAAAUUUCAUUUUUCACAUCAAUUUAAACAAACGAAACUUCAAACCAGCUACAAGAAACAACUAUUCUCAAUCGAAACAAAAUAUUUUCAUGUAAUUUUCUUUAACACUAUAUUUUUUUCAUGACUUUAGGUCAGGGGCCAGUUGACAAAAUAAGGUUAAAGGCUAACAUUGUUUUUAGUCCCUCUAUGUUGUGUUCCGAAUAGGUUCAACUUUUCUAAAAAUUAAUAAACCCAAGAGGGAAGAGAAGCGGUCGCGGUCUCAUAUACUUCCCCUGGCUUAAUUAUCACAGAGCCUUUGUAAGCCCCCUUUCACAUUAAUAGGCCUAAAAUUUGCACCCUCAAGAUUAAACGUAAAAAGUAACGGGGUUCGACUCAGGUGUAUUAAAUCGUGUUACAAUCUUUUUUUUUAAUUUAAUAAAAAAAAGGUAAUUAAUAGUUAUGAGAUUUUAUAAGUAAGUAAUAUAGUUAAGUCAUUCAAAAGCAAGUUAGAUUGCCUUAAGCAGGUGGUGAAUUUGUAUGCACUUAUACAAACACACAAUAAUUUGUUUUCGAAUACAGUUCUAUUUAAGCCUCAACGAAGCAGCUUAUUUUAUUUCAACAAUUAAAGAGUUGGUACUAUAAUUGUAUAAUACUAUUAAUGCCAUUCAUUUAUGAUUUAUUUUCCAUUGAAGUAGCAUUAAAUGGCAAGUAUGUAGAUCAUUCAUUAUUCGAUCCUCGUCCCUAUGGAAUUCCAUUCCCUCCAACAACUGUCACUGCAAAACCUUAUCUACCUUUAAAUCCCGCAUAUUCAAUCACUUUCUAUCCGUUCAGUUCACAAACAAUUGUAAACAGUUUUUCAUUAAUAAAUAUUCAGUAUAUAAAUUGAUAACUUACUUUUAAAGCGUUUUGUUUUUAAAUCAUUACCGUGAGAAGUUAUCUUAAAUUUCUUAUUAUUUCUCUGUGUUUACAAUAUUAUAUUUUUCAUAGAACUCUGAAGGUCGAAUGUGUAGAAUUAUUCUGUUGUUUCAAUCUACAUUUUGAAAGGAUCGAAGUUUAUAUUUGAGCAGAAGCAUGAUAUUUUUUAUUGUUUUUCUUUGCUUGGAUGAGACCAUUGAUUUGCAUGAAAUUCUCACUCGUUUGACACUUCUUUAUUCAUAAUGCAUCGUUCCCGAGAGGCUUAAAAGAGAUUCAUACUACAGCAUUGUAUAUGUGUAUAUAUAUAUAUAUUUUUUUUUAUUUGUCUUUUAUAUAUAUAUAUAUAUAUAUAUAUAUAUAUAUAUAUAUAUAUAUAUAUAAACAUAAUUAUUUAAUUGGGCAUAAGGUGAUUAAUUAAUUAUUCAAUAAACUACUAAAUGUUCAUUGCUUCAGUGUUUAUUCGAGGUUUCGAUCCAGGUUUUUUAUAAGUUAACAAUGGGAUCCUCUUCAAAAUUUUAAAAUAGAGCCUCGAUACCUCAGACCAGGAACACACUGACAGUCUCAGCACAGUCCACCAGCACAUAUAUCAAGCUACUAUAAGUAUAUAAGAUACUAUAUAUGAGAGUAGCUUAAUAUGUGUGCUGGUGGACGGUGCUGAGACUGUUGGUGUGUCCCUAUAAUAAUGUAUCGAGGCCGAAUAAACACAGAAGCAAUGGACAUUUAGUAGUUUAUUGAAUAAUUAAUAAGUAACCUUAUUCACAACUAAAUAAUUAUGACAAAAUUUAAUACUCAAAGGUCGAUUAAAGAAAAGUUAUAAAUAUACAUACAUAUAUAUAUAUAUAUAUAUAUAUAUAUAUAUAUAUAUAUAUAUAUAUAUAUAUAUAUAUAUAUAUAUAUAUAUAUAUAUAUAUAUAUAUAUAUAUUAUUUAUUCAUUUAUCUUAUAUUUUUCCAAUGUAUUUAUUCUACUUAUUUCUAAAAGUCAUUCCAUCGCAGAAACUAGCAGGUAGCAACGAUUUUUCAAUUUCGGAAUUGUACAUCUACGUAUAAUGGAAAUUCUAGUUAGUCCUUGCGGAAAAAAGUUUGCAUUCAGAGCCUUUUAGUUGAUGGAAGCUUUUAAGCAACUUUUAAAAUGUAUUACCUACCGGAAGCUUUCAAAUUGACUAGUGAUUUUUUUACAAGGUUUUUAAAAAAAGAAUAUUAACUCGAGGAUGUAAGGAACCUUUAAAUAAACAUAUAUCUUCAAAUUAAAAAAAGUUGUUUUUGAGCCCUAUUUUUGUAAACUGAUGACUCCUAAAAAUAGUGAGUAAGCUAGCAUUAAAUCAAAGGAUAGGCGAGAAAAGAGAUAUGUAAAUCAAAUAAGACACUUAUAAUAUCCUUUAGAAUCAUUAAGUAAACAGAAAAGAAACUUCAGAUCGUUAUCUACAAGCAAUAUCUUGAUUGUUUUUCCAGUUAUUAUGUUGCUGCAGCAAACAACCUAUUUGCUGAAUGUCCCCAGGAAGUUUAGAUUUGAACAUACAAUAAUUAUUAGACCUCAACAUUGGGAGCCAGUCGAUUAUUCUCCGAAGUAUUCUUAAGAUGACAUAUAUUCGAUUCCAUAUAAUGUGAAAUUCCAUAUAAUAUGUACUCUGCUUUCCUUACAAGAAGUAAUAUUCUUCAGUAAAUUGAGAGUGAUAAUAUCCAACAUCCAGGCCUUGUAGAUCUACGCACACAUUUUCCUUAAGGCUCUUCUUUAUUUUCUUGUUCCCAAGUAUAUAAGAAUAUUUUCGAUCUUCUACUUAAUUUUAUGAAAUAAGAUAAAAUGAAAAUUUUUAAAUUUUUUUAGAAGAUACCUCACCUAUAUAAAAAAAAUACUUUAUUUUAUCGUUAAGACUUCAUUCUUGAUUCAUACAAUGGAAGUUAAUUCUGCGGUGUUAUCUAUUCAAUAUAACAUGAGAAAUAUACACUGUGAUAAGGUGCUAUCCAUAGUAGUAAUAAUUGCACAUUCAUUUGCUAAAUCAGAGAAAGAAGUGCUGUGGAUGUUUCCAUGUCUUCUAAACACACACACAUAACUAUUUAUUUUAUUUUCCAUUAAAUUUGCAACUGCUUCGAAACGCAUCAUGCAAAUCCGUUGGCGUUUAUUCUGUCUUCUUGUGUUCUUGAUACAUGCUUAACUUGUCAGCAGAAGAUCUCUAGGCCACUGCCUUUUUAGUCACCGUUGCGGCUUACCAGGUAACAGGAAGCAAAAGAAAGAUAGACAGAGUGAAUUUGGAUGAUUGAGAGUAGAAGAAUAAAAUGUGUACUUGUUGUGUAGGAUAUUACUUUUGGUAUGUUGAUGUCUGUGUAUAGUGUGAUUUGAAAUAAACCAAGAAGCAUUGACGAUUUUACGGAGUAUUUUGGAUUUUGUUUGAAAGUCUGUUGAGUUCCUUGUAAAUGUCUUUUGGGUGAAAUGUUGGCGGAGGUGGUGAUAAGGGUAGUGGGAUUGUCAAAUCGUCUUCAAUCUUGGUAUUAUAUUAUGCGUGUUGUCCUGAAUAUUACUCAAAAACUUGAGCAAGAUGUUUUGCGAAUUCGUUGGAUUUUUCUUUUCCAGUUAUGGCCCAGUAUAAUAAUAAUUUCAUAUUAUUCUGCUUAUUUAUUUAUGAUAUUUACAACUGUAUAAAAACAAUUUUUCUUCUUAAAAAUAAAAAGCAUAUUACGAAGAAGUUUUCCUAAAAGUAGGAUAUCUGUAUUAUAUUAGCAUGAUGAUAGAAAUAAUUCCUAAAAGUUUAUGAUUUGUUUUAAACAGAACUUAGCUUAACUUAGCCGUUCAAAAGUCCUCUUUAAAUGGUUUGAGCUAUGACAAACUCUGUUUCCAUUUGAAAUAAAUUUUGUCUUGUUAACAGUGAAGCAAUUUGUAAUUACUUAAAUUAAAUCUUUCUUUAGUUAUCGCUUCAUAUUCAACAAAAAACAUGAUACUUGAAAACACAAAACUUGGAUUUCCUUCUUUUCUUCUGAAAAUCGGCUCAUUGUUUAUAUGAAUUUUUUUUAGCUCAUGAUGUCUGGUAUCACUCCUACCAACAUUUUUCUCUACUUACGCGACAUCCUGUAUAAAUAAAUGUAUAUGCAUGUGUGUGUGUAUAUGUAUAUAUAUAUACACUAUAUAUACAUUAUUUUUUUUCGGUUGGCGCUACAGACGAUGUAUAUAUAUAAAAGACUUGGGGUAGAAAUGCGACAAUCAGCUUUGAUUCUAACCUCUGAUAGAUCGUACCACAUGAAAGCAAGAGACCCUAUUUACCUCAAGGGUCAGAACUUGGAUUUUUCCAGAGCAAGAUUAACUCUAUUGAUCCUUUUUUCACACCCUUCGCUUUCCCCAAUACAUAAGUCGAUAGCUUCAUAACAGUAUUUUCGGCAAUAUAUUUCAAAAUAACUAACCUAAUAUCUUAACAUUAACUUGUUUUAUUGACUGAAUUAGGGUCAAAUAGUCAGAGUUAUAAGUUCCUUUCUAUCAAAUUAUUAACGUCCAUCUAAAACUUAGUGAAUGGCUUCAUCUUAUAGUAACAUAAGACUUUUUUUACCUACGAAAAUUUCCAGAAAUGAGGCGUUUUCUCAUUUCUCAUUCUGUUAAAUUUAUUAAUAAAAAAUAAGGCACUACAAACUUAUGGAUACCCAUUUGCUUUUCACUUGAACUAUAAUAUAAUUUGAUCACAAAAUCGAGAAAAAAAGGUGGCCUACAAAAAUAUUGGGUCGAUUGGCCUGAAUAACUUCGCUAUUUUGACACAAAAUCGUCAUUUUGGGAGUAUAGGUCACGCCAUCCAGUCCAAUAUUUUUAUUCUCGAUUUUGUGAUAAAAUCAUCUUACGAUUCAAGUGAAAACCAAAAGGGUUUAGUAUAUCAUUAAAUAUACUAAGUAUGACGAUCUCCAGAUUGAAAACACCGCAGUCCAAGAAUUUUCGUAAAUAAAAAAGUUGAAGAUUAUGAUAACAUGAAGUGAUUCAUGAAGUUUCAGAUAUUAAUAAUUCUAUAAAAAGAGCAUUUGUAUCACACACACUAAAAAUAAUCAAGAAGCUAAUAGUAAUAUUUUUAACAUGGCCUGAAAAUAAGAAAGUGUGCUAUUUUUCUCCCUUCAGUUCCGAUCCUUUGCACACCCAAACUUCUUAUUAUAGUUAAAUUGGCAUCUUGGUAAUUCGAGUUGAAUAGACACGAGACCUCUUGGAUUAUCAAAAACGCGGACUAUCGGAAUAACGUUAGGAAACGAAAUAAAUCAAAACUGAGCCGAAAACCGAACGAACAACGUCUCACAUAUAGCUCAUAUUCGCUGAUUCUCAUACGUGAUCAAUAAGUCGGAUAUCCAAUCCCAUCUAGUCAAUCGCUCACAAAGAUGGAGGUAAACAGAUAAUAAGGCUAAUUGCCUUAUAAUUUAUAUCUCCAUACACCCUAGACCUAGGCAAUUACUCGAGUGAAUGUGAUUACUCUUAGGGGUUUAGCCACGAGUAAAUUAGUAAAUUACUCAUGAAACAUUUUAACUACAUGAGUAAAUCACUCAUGAAAAUUUUUAGCUUCAUAAGUGAAUCACUCAUGAAACAUUUUAUCGCCAUGAGUAAUUUAAAAAAUAAAAUAUGUUUUUAAUUUUAUGUAAUCUAAUAUUUUUUGAGUCUUUGCCAAACGUUCUAUACUUUCCAAAAUCAUUAAAUAAGUAUACUUAUUUUAUGGUAAUGUAAUUGGUCCAUUGUUUUUUUGAGAGGGGGAGGAGGUAUUCAUACAGCAAUAUAAUACCAAUUAUAUUUUUCUCCCAUUUCUUAAACAUUUUGUUAAAUAAACGGCAAAAUACAUAAAAAUUUAUUAAUUUGUAUUCUGCAACUAAUCCAUAUCCAGAUCCUCAAUACUCCAUCUCUCUAAUAUUCCCUAUGCAAAUAGUCUUCCUCUAUCAGAAGUCUAGCUAUCAUAUCUUCCUUGAUAUCCCUUAUCAUCAGUAUACGAGGACUUCCAAAUCUUCAUCUCUUCUGAGGGUAGUUCCUAAGCAUAUGAAUGUUCAGAACGUAAUGUUAUUACAUGUAAAUAAUGUUUUUAUUAAUCAAACAUUUUUUUCAUACACGAAAUAAAUCUUAUUCUUUUUUGCUAGGAAGCUGUUUAAUAUUCUUUACUUUUGGCAAUAAAAACUUCCAAGUAUACAAAUAAUUGGUUAAUUUGUUGAAUUACAUGUCAGGUUGACGUUUAGAGAAAAUUAUUCCCAUAUUCAAAACUUAAAUUCCAUACUUUCAUAGCGAUUUAUGUAGUGUUGUCACAUAAAAUAUUAUAAUUUCCUGGUGUGCUCCUUUGUCAUAAUUUAAAAUUUAUGUGUUAUGAAAAUAAUAAAAAUAUACUGUCUGGAGAAUCAACAUUCCUAGAGUAAAAAUAAAGAAAUAAAUCUUGACUUAUUCACUGUUUGGACUCAAAUUUUUCGCGGUACCUCGCCGAAUAAUUAGAGGCAACAAACUUGAAAUAAGUUGAACCAUUCAAUCGGAAAAUACAUCUAAACACUUUAUCUUCAUUGUGCCCUCGUCCGUAGUCGAGUAAUGAUUAACAGGUUCACUAUGAGUUAAGAUUAUAUGGUUUGAUUAAUUUUUAUCUUCUAAAAUUUUAAAAGUUUGAGUAAGUGAUAAGCAAACCUUUUUUUAAAAAAAAAUUGUACCCAUGAAGUCUCUUGGGUUCAGUACUCCUUAAAGAAGUACCAUUUCUAGGUCAGCGGUUGUGCUAAGAGGAAAGAUAACUAAACGAUUAAAUGUAGAUUUAUUACUGUAUACAGAUUAUAAAAAAAAAUAAAAACUUGAUGUAUUGACAUAUCAUAUUUCUUGGUUUGCAAAAUGAAAUAUCGAUAGAAAGUAAGCUUUUGUAUCAUAUUUAUUUUGAAAUUGAAAUUACAUAUAAUACUGUGUAGUAUAUAUAAAAUAUAAUGGGGUAGUUCAGGGAGAAUGGUGCUAUCUUUCAAUGCUCAUGGUUUCAGAUUCGAGUCCGAUUGUGGCAGGUAAAUAUUUAUUCUGACUCAUAUGUCACACCCAGACCGUAUAAAAUUGGUGUACUUAAUUCAAUGAUUAAUUACGAAGGAAAACCUGGCGGUUGAGUGUGAUAUCAGCAGAACUACCUCCCUGCACAAUCAUUGUCCUUGAAGCAGUACGAGUACUUCAUAACGUGCUGAAUCCUCAAUCGGUUGUUGUGGUACGAUCGUUUUUAAAAAUUAUGUUAAUACUUUACUAAAUUAUCUCAGAAGUGUUAAAACAAGACCCUACGUAUAGUUAAAUUCACGAAGGAAAGAUAAUUAAACGCAUUAUUUAAGGAAUCUUAUCUGCCAGUAUUAGAAGAUAUCAAAGCAAGGAGGUUAAGAUGAAUAGGGGAUGUUACUCGAAGCCGUCCAUUAGAAGCAAUCUACAUAAUCAUGAAUAGUCACAGCAGUUGCUAUUAAAUCAUGCAGGAGUUCUGGAUAUAGAUAUAUAUAUAUAUAGAAACCAGAUCCUAGAGAUACAAAGAAAAUAAACAGCAUAAUAAUGUAGAGGUAACUUUGCUUUAGUUAUAUGCUGCUAACUUUGACUUUACACUAAUAAACAUAAAAGAAACGGGUUUAUAAACUCAAGAAUAUAUCCAAAUAACCAUCAAAAUAAAUAAACAUUAACAAUAAAAAUGUUACAUUAAUUUUCUAGUAAAUUUAUGGAUGGGGCGGAGUGGCUGAGCGGGCCAAUGAGUGUGCAACGCACGGCCGCUGUCCGGCAACCCGGAUCAAAUAUAAAUUGAUAAAAUAAAUAUGAGUUCGCGUUCUGGUGCCAGUGGGAAGGGACUUUUAACUCUGGCAUUAAUCCCCCGCUCUCACCCGCUGGCCUAGGAUAACUCCGUAUAGACUAAAACGCGAGGAAAGGGAGGACGAAAAAAAAAAGAAAGCAGUUUUAUGGAGUCUUUAAACGGUAUGUUACGACUAAACUGAAUGAUUUUACUAACGACAGAUAACAGUAUGCAUAUAGCAUCUGCAUAUUUUAUUUGUUAAUCCUUUUGACUUUUAUAAAACUAACAAUUAAUUUAAACAAAAUUAUCUUCAGUUUAAACAGACAUCGAACAACUAUCUAAUGCAUCCCGUUGGGCACCAUUAGGAGGACAACUGAGACACUACAAUGUCCUGGAAGACCAAGAUAAGGAAAGACUAAGGAAAUAGCAGGAUACAAAUGGUUUCUCUUCUGAUAAAUAUCUGUUCUGUCCUUUACGAUUAUUCACCACAAUACAUAUACGAAUGAUUAUCAAUUUGCACACAAUUUUAACUCUUCUAUAAUAUUUUAUACAGUGAAGAUAGGCGUAGACUUUCGAUUUUGAUUGGGGGAGGUAAUGGCAAAAAAAAAAAAUUGCGAAAAUUUUUAUUAUAUGUGAACAUUCAAUAUGUGUGAAGAUCCAUUAGUAUGAAUAUUGCGAAAUAGCAUUUGUGUAGCCUACGCACUUCUCCGAUGGAAUUAUCCCUUUUUAGGCACAUUGUUCUAUCAGUGGUACUUUAUUUUUUAAUAUUUCCAAGUAAACUAUGAUUGUUUGUUUAUUUGAUGUUUAAUAUCAUUAGUUAACGAAUGAAAAAAAAACGAUUAUAUGACCAUUAUUUGUUUAUUUGAUGCGAUCAAUACUAUAUUUAUUAUGGGAUUAUAUAUUAUAUCAAAGUCGAGAUGUGAACGUCACACUAACUUAAAAAUCAAAAUUCAAGUGACAACGAAAUUCAAUUUCAUUCCGGUCUUGGCUGUCCAUUCAGACUAUUAUCGGUUCACUAAUCAAAGGAUGCCCUACAAUACAUUAUUUAAGAGAUUAUGGCUUUUUAAGCUAAAUCUGACCUCUUACUUUUUGUCUCUUUUCUUUUAAAGUGCUUUGAAGUCUUUUCCGCCCCGGCACUGCUUUACAGCUUUGUGUGAAAGUCCCUUUUUCUAAAUUAAACGCAUGAAAAAAUUAUUUCAAAGGGAGAUAAAUGUCGUGUGCCGGUCUUGCUUAAUGUUCUAAUUAGGAAGAGGCAAAAUAAUGCACUUUUUGCAGUAGCUUUAAAUGUACAGACAGAACUGUUGUCAUAUGGAUAUUUUUUUACGAUGUAUGAAGAAUUUAAAGGAUGGGAUUCAGUUAUGGCCAAGAUAUUUGAACAGUUAGAGGAAAUAAAUUCCUUUAAUCCAUGUAAUUUAUUUUUGUUUUUUAUUCAAGUUACUUAUUUCUUAUUUUAGCGAUAUAUGAGUAUAAAAUAAAUUGUUCAUUAUUUUUAUUAAUUAUAUAUUUAAUGGAGUUAGGAAUAGAACUCCUGUAUAACACGUAUAAUAUUAUAUAAUAUUACCAGAACCAUAAUAUUGCUGAGACUAAUAACUAUUCUAGGUUGAAAGGAUCGUGAAUAGAUAAGCAACUUGUUUAGUUUAUUGUGACUGUAAUCUUUGUGGUGGCAAGUUUUAUUUACGGAUGAGUAUUUAAAGGUAUCGUACUAUAGCAUUUUGUUAUUAUGUCUCAAGUUAAUGGAAUAUAAUUCUAAUAAUUUUUAAAAAUUUGCUGGUUUUGCAAGUUAAUAUAAUAGAAAAAUUAUUAGUACAAUAAGGUGUUUAAAAACGUACUGUCUAUUAAUCUAGAAGAGAAAUAAUAACUUCGAAUAAUAUGAAAAAUUUUGAAAUUUCAUCUUCUGCUGCUUUUGGUUUUUGGUUAAUAUUAGUUUGAAAGUUGCUAAAUACACGUUUAAUAUCCUUUACCAUAUCAAUCAUUGGUGGUUCCUAAUUUUUAAGUUAGGAACUUAGGAAGCUAUAGAAAUUCAUUUUUAGAUUUUAUAUUUGAUAUUUUUAACUUAUAAUAUAAAAUAAAACCACACCUUCUUUCAACUUACUUUCUGAUUCUUCAGUCUUUCAUUCUUGACAGGUUCGUCUGUAUUAAUAUCGAUUCCUCUACUUCUCCCUUCUUUCCUCAACUUGCGGGCGUACCACAAGGUAGUGUUUUAAGCCCUCUUCUAUUUUCUAUCUACACAUCUGAUAUAUCUGAGCACCCUAGUACCAUUCUCUAUAGCUUUGCUGACGAUAAGGCAAUACUUUCUUCUCACAAAAAUCCCACUAUCGCUUCAAUAGCCCUUCAAAAUCAUCUGCACGACCUUGAAAAAUGGUUUCACAAAUGGAGAAUUAACAUCAAUCCCAGCAAGUCAACUCAUGUUAGCUUUUCCCUGAGGAAGAUCUCAUGUUCUGCUGUGACAAUGGACAAUAAAUAAACCAGUUCCCUCAAAAACACAUGUACGGUAUUUCGGACAUACUUGGACAAAAAACUCACCUGUAACAUUCACACUAAAUUAAAAAACAAGAACUGACCAGACGAUACAAACAACUUUCACAUCUUUUAGACUACAGAUCUCUACUCAACUUACUAAACAAGCGACUAAUCUACACCACUAUACUAAGACCUAUUUGGACAUACGGAGCAGAACUUUGGGGUUCCGCAAAACACACACACAUAAACAAAAUUCAAACCACACAAUCCAAAAUACUCCGUAAAAUCCUCAAUGCUCCUUGGUUUAUUUCAAAUCACACCAUACACACAGACAUGAACAUACCAAAAGUAAAAUCCUACAUACACAAGAAGUACACAACAUUUCACUCUUCUACUCUCAAAAAUCCACUCGUUCUAUCUCUAUCUUCCUCCCUGUUACCUGGUGAGCCUCAAAGACAAGGCAGUGGCCUAGAAAUCUGCUGAAAAGUUAAGAAAAUAUCAGGAAUUAAAGAAGAUAUAAUUAACGCCAACACAUUUGCUUGAUCCGUUCCAACGCAGUGACAAAUUUAAAAUAACAAAAAUAAAUAAAUAAAUAAUAAUUUUCAGACUUGCGACUUGGAUUCUAGCAGUUUGUUUACUUAGGCAUCUUAGGUUAGCGUUUUUUUUUAUUAGUAUAAGCAUUCUUUGGAGUUGGUUGUGUGUGGACUCCUGCAAUUUACACAAUUUGGUGUAUAUUUCUCAAUAUUUUUGUUCAGGCAUUCAUUGGAAUGGUGUUCACCAAAGCGUUUCAUACAUUUGGGUUUUUUUUAUAUCAAUUGAAAGUAGACAAAUUGUUGUAACCUUCAUGGUGGAAAUAUUGAGUAACUUCUUUUUUUUAUUAGUGUAUUUUUCCCAAGAGACAAUGGCAUUGCACACAUAUUUUUUUUUUAAUCAUAUUUCUUGGUAUUUUUCUUCGAGUGUAAUAAUUUAGAUAGGUAAUCUUGGAAUAUUUCUUCUUUUUUUUCUUUUCUUUUUUUUUAUAAUUUGAUUUACUUUUAUUUCUUUUGGAGUCAAAUCUUUUUUUAAUAAAAUCACAUUCAAAUUUUGAAGGAGCUCUUUUCAUAAAAAUUUUCGAUUUUCGGGAUAUAGGGUUUAAAUGCAUGUCAUUUUUCUAAAAUUUCGUUUGGAGCUUUUUGAAAUCUUCGAAAUUAUAAGUUUAAAAUAUUGUUUUAUUUCUUCUGCAUUCAAUGUUAAUUCCACCUAUUCAGUUAUCAUUAAUUGAUUUUAAUAGCUACAAAUAAUUAUGGAAUGUGUUAUCAAAUACUAUUGCUAGGAAUAAAUGUAUUUGUAUGAUAUUUAUUGAAUCAACUAUAUAUUCUUGAUAUCCUUCGUUAUCUGAUAAUUGUGAAAAACUGUCACUUACAGUUAUGCAUUAGUAACACUAAUUUUUGUAGAAUAACUGCACUGAACUUAUAUAGAUAGGUAUCUAUGAAUUAUUAAGUUUUAUAAUAUAAUUUUUCGCCUAUUUAAUAUUUUUAAUCACCAGAACUAAAAUAUUAAAAAGUUAAUAUGUAAGUUAAUACAAGGUUAAUAUGUAACAUGAGUAUAAGCCACAGGUGAUAAGAAAUGAUUUUUUAGGGCAUCUGAGUAAGAUCAAUACCCUCUGAAAUGAAUUGAUACAAUUGAAACUCUGUGUGAAUAGAAAGAAUGUAAUGUUAAUCAAUAAUUAACGAAAAUUAAUAAAUGAAUGCUUUAUUAUAUAUAUAUAUAUAUAUAUAUAUAUAUAUAUAUAUAUAUAUAUAUAUAUAUAUAUAUAUAUAUUAAAUUAUUUUCCAAAUAUUCGCAUAUAUGUAUAUAUGUAGUGAAAAAUUACUUUAUGUACUGCCCUGGGGUUUUUCUUGACAUGAGUCAGGCUUUUGAUAGAAUAUGGCAAGAUGGUUUAUUACAUAAAUUAAAAACGAUUAUUCCUCCGACGCAUUACUUAAUUUUAUUAUUAUAUCUAAAAGAUAGAUUUUUCCGUGUGAAAACGGGGACUGAGUUGACCUCAAGGCAGUGUUUUGGGUCCAACAUUUACUGGUCAGACAUUCUGAAACACUGUUGGCAACAUUUGCUGAUGACUCGGAAAUAUUAACAUCUAACAAGGACGCAGCUAAGGCUUCUCAGGUACUUCAAGAACACCUAGACGACAUAGCUUGUUGGGCUAAAAGGUGAAGGAUAAAAGUGAACGAGUCUAAGAGCCAAUUUGUUUCAUUUCCACUUAGACAUGACUCUUGUCCUCCAGUGUUCAUAAAUAAUAUCAAUCUGUCAACUUCAAAAACUGUACAAUAUUUGGGUCUCCACUUGGGCAAACUACUGACAUGGACAUACCACAUAAAACAAAAAAGAAAAAAACUCAAUCAGUGAUACUGACUUCUUUCUAAGCUACUUGACAGACGUUCUAAAUUAUCUUUGACUAAUAAAUUAACUAUUUACAAAGUCCUCAUUAAACCACUUUGGACAUAUGGAAUCGAACUAUGGGGAACAGCAAAGAAAUCAAAUAUAAAAAUCAUCCAGUCAUUCCAGUCAAAAGUCCUUCGGAAAAUUGUCGACGCACCAUUUUAUGUUUCAAACCUUACGUUACGCACUGACGUCAACACUCAACAUUACGGCCACUGACCGCUUUAAUAAUUUUUAUGACAGACUGACUCUAAAUUCAAACCAACUUACUCAAGCUCUAAGGAUUGCUACAAAUCCAUAUAAUCCGCCCAGAAGACUGCUGAGGCGCUGGCCAAGAGACUUUUUGCAUUGAGUUACUUGCUGUAUUAUCUCUUUUUUGUGUGUUAUUAUUUUAUUAUGUGUUAUUUUAUUAGUUUUUUUUUUUGUCUUUUUGUUUUGUUAUUACUAUUCUUUCUUUUUUUAUGCUAUCAUUUAUUCUCCUUGAUAUCAUAUUUGCUGAAUACCUAGGUAGAUGGUACAUUUAUUGUGAGCCAGGAAUAUGUGCAACUAAUAAAUAAUAAUAAUAUGUUUUUAUGCAUUAUAUAUAUAUAUAUAUAUAUAUAUAUAUAUAUAUAUAUAUAUAUAUAUAUAUAAUAUAUAUAUAUAUAUUAAAUAAAACAUUCACAAACCGACGUUUCGGUGAUUUCCUCUUCUUUAGUGUCCUCUCCUUGAUGUGACAGAAUGUGAUAUUUCUAAAUAAACAAAUAUAUAAUAUAUAAAUUCAAGUGUUAUUAAAUUAUAAACAACGUUAUUUACAGCUCUGAAUUUCCAUUGGCAUUAUUUAAAAAUUUAUCAAGAUUAUAAAGCUACUUCAGGAUGCAAAUUCGAUUAUUCGUGCUUGACCACAACCACGGAAGCAACUACCUUAGUAACCAAAUCACCUCCAAAACUAUCAAAAUGAAAAUCAACGCAAAUCCGAUUUGAGGCUAAACCGCGCCAAGGUAGAAUGUAAUUUGUAGGAGUUCCACAUGAAAAGAGAUUAAAAGGGGAUUUUUAAUUUUGUUUCAUUACUGGAGGUUAGACUAAGUUCAGGAGUUCAGCUAGCGGUAUUGUGAGGGGAAAUAACUUUAUUUAUAGAAUAAGGGCAAUUCCAUUUCAAUUCAUUUAGCUAAAAAUUAAAAUGAAAACCAUGUUCUCACUUAUUUAUAAUUAUUUUGUUUCUUUUCUAUGCUUAGUAUUUUAACUAUCAGCCGAUCAAAAUUUUUUUUUUUCUUAAAUACUUUUCGUGUUUAGGGUUCUUCAUUUGUAUAAGGUUCUUCCCUUAAUACUAUUAAAGAUUGAAUAUUGAAUUGAAUACUUUUCGUGUUUAUAAAUGUCGUGCGUAUAAAUUUUCCAAUGACUGAAAACGAAGUUUUUUUUACUACCGACAGCUAUGGUUUUAAUUACUUAGUAUAAGUAAAAACUUCAUAACUUUGGCAAUUUUCAUCAUAUCACAGUGAUUGUAUCACUUACAUGUUUAAAAAGAUCUUUAAAAUAAGACGAAACUGUUUUUAGCAAUAUAUAUAUAUAUAUAUAUAUAUAUAUAUAUAUAUAUAUAUAUAUAAGAAGAUGGAGAAAGCUCGCUCGAGACAGAGGAGAGUGGCGAAGGAUCAUAAGAGAGGCCUAGGGUUCUGACAGGACCAUAGCGCCUGGAAUAAAUAAAUAAAUAAAUAUAUAUAUAUAUAAUAUAUAGUAUAUAUAUACAGGACUGUAUGAAUGCCCUAUUGAAGAACAAUACUUUCUUGAUACCGUCUGCAAAUAGAGAAACGGAAAACGACAUUCUUUGAAAUAAAAGAAUGAAUUAGGACGAGUCAUAUCGUAAUUACAAAUUUUAAAAAUUUUAUGGCAAGGUGCAUGUUUGCAGGUUCUUGAAAAUGGCUCCUGAAGCCGAAACGUUGGAAUCAACAUACAUGUAAUAUAUAAAAAAACUGUGUUUUUUUGGUGACCUAUGGCCUAUAAUAGACAUAUGUUAGAUUAUGAGAAAAUGGCACCAAACCCGAAGGAUGGGACUAGAAAAUUAAAUAUAUAUAUAUAUUCUUUUUUUUUUUGUUUUCGGUUGGAGCUACAGACUAUGAAGAUCUUUGACCGCGAGUGUGGUUUCCUAGACCACACCCCGAUUCCCGAUUUAAAGUGCGGGGUAGAGUUAUCAAGUCUACGUCUGGUCGGUGUGAGUUGCCUCCAGUAGACUGACGGGCCUCAAGUAUCCUCGGAGGAGCGGGGUAUCUCGGUCAGGCAUUCCUUGGUGGACGGUCACCUAUCUAAGUGCUACUAGCCAAGCUCGGCGUUUUUUAACUUUAAUUAGCCAGCAAGGCUACCCCAGCCCCUUAUAUACAGAUAUAUAUUUAUAUAAUUCUACAAUCAUUAAUAGCGCAUGCUUGGGCUUCAUAAAUAUUUUAAGGUAAAACGUAGAUUUAAAAAAUAAAAUUUAAGGUUAUAAUGGUGUUAAGAUAUUUAGCUACGCCGUAGACCAGUUACACGUGGCUACUUUAACCUCACAUGUUAUGGAUUCCUCCCCUUUAUUGUAGAUCUUCUCCAAGGGUGGAGUCCGUUUGCUUCUGCGCCUCCUCUGUCCGGUGCCUUCACGGGAGACCCUACAGUAUGCAAAUCAAACGAGAUAGGGCAGCACCCACGUGACGGAAUUGAACUAUGAAUCACUGGCCCGUCACUAACUCUCUCUCUCUCUGUAGAUCUUACCCGGAAUAAUCAUAUAAUCUUUUUUUUUUUCUUCAUUUCUUCGCCAUUUCUUGAGGGAGAGAAGUGCCUAGCGGUCAAGAUUUUAGUAUAUUUUUAAGCGAGGAAAUCCCUCAUACGCUUCUUUAGUUCUUUUUCGGGCAUAUUAAUCGUAGCCAUGCUUGUAUGAGUGUGUUAGUAUGGCCAUGUAAGUUAUUGUGAAAUAUUUUGUAGUGUGUUCGUAUAUGGUCGUUAACUGAUUAGAUAUUUACGUAAAGUAACAUUUGUGAAGUACCAUGGAGCUUCAUUACAUGGGUCGUUUUGGCUGUUCCGUAUAUUUGUGAAGCGUAGGUCCAUAUAGGAAAAAUCCUCUUAGGUUUAAAAUGAAGCCCUUUAAGCCACAUUCUUUCAGAUGCUUGAGCGGUAUCCAGAAAUAUUCCUGUUGCAUACAAUUUCUGCACUAAUGGCGUUGCACUGUAAUAAUAUAAUGAAUUAAGAAAAGAAUGAAUAAGUUUUUUUUUUUUAAUUUUUCCCAAAACUAAGCCAAAGGUAUGCCAAAGAGGGAUUAGUUAAAUAAACGAUUGCUGGAAAAUUUACAGUUUUUAUAUAUAAAAUAGAUCAUAUUCAAUAGCAUUAGUAAACUUCUAUCUCUUUUCAUGAGUAAAAUAUAGCAUACAUUUUAGGAUUUUAUAUUAGCUAUGUGAAUUUAACUCUUGUCCUAUUUACACACUCUAAUUGUCUUUCCCAGGUAGCCAAGAGCAUCCUAUGGAGGAAAUGCUGGAGAAGAUGAAAGAGGUGGACAAAGUUGGGAGGCGCCGCUCCAGAGCCACGCAGUCUUCCGAGGAUAUGCCCGUCUUCGACAAUACCCUCAAUACCAACGUCACAGCUGAGCUCGGGUCAACCGUUUACCUGUCCUGCAGAGUCACUAAUCUCAAGAACAUGACGGUGAAUAUUUGUUUUGGGUUCUAACAGAAAAGGCUUCCCCUAAUCUAAGAGAUUAGAACAAUAAGAAAUGAUAAAACGCUCGCAGAAAAAUCUUAAUACAUUAAUAAAAAGAUUGUUAAAAUAUAUACAGAAAUCAAAGCUGAAUGAGUGUAAUAACAAAAUGCUGCAAAUUAUUUCACAAUGGUUUAUUAUUUCCAAACAAUAAUACAUCUAAAGUAACAUUACCUUCCUAGUUAUAAAGAAAAAUAAAUAAAAGGUGAUUCCAAUUAUUACACUGAACUUUUUUUUUAAUCAUUAGUAAUAAGCUAAAAAAAAAAUAAAAUAGCAUUACUUCAGUAACACAUUCAAAAUUUAAAAAAACCGGAGACCAUAUCUUUGCUCCGAAUUGUCCGAUUUUAACGACUUUUUUUUUAUUUUUUAGGAAAUUUCGUAAACUUUUAAACAACUAUACUAACGAACCACAAUAAAACUAAAUUAACAAUACCUACAGAAAAAUGUAAACUGUUUGAGUUAUUGAGAAUUUAAUUUUACCAUGCCACGUAACUUUUUUUCCAGCUUCUUUUCAUUGAAGUAUGUUAUAUAGAUAAAUUUAAAGUGCGUCGAUAGAAUGACUUUAGCGAAGUUUCAUUGGAAUCGGUACAUUUGUUUAGGAGCUAUAGUCUAUAGCAACGCAGGUUUUUCGGCCGCCAUUUUGAAAAUAAAAGGCGGAUAGUAAUGUCGAUGAAGGAGGAUCAUCCUUGGAUGACCUCUGAUUUUAUAUCAAAAUUAUAAAGAAAUUGGUCCAGUAGUUUUUUUUUUUUAUUCGAUUUUCGAAUUCUACGCAUCGUGAAACCUGAAACCUCAAAUUUUGAGAGGUGGUUAAGUUUUUGAAUUUUUUGGUCGAUCACAAUGGUUGAUUAUUGAAAAUAAUAAACCAAAAUUAUAACAAUACUCAUUUAAUUUUUUAUAAAAUACAUAAAUAACUCUAUCUGUCAUAGAAAAAAGUUCUUGAAUGUCUUCAUAAACUCUUUUCUAAAUUAACUUGUUUUUUGCUCUUUUUUUUUUCUCUAAAUUCACUUCUAUUCUUUUUAUUUAUUUUUUUCUGAAUUGUCGCUAAUAAACAGUGCAUGUUUCAAACACUGUAAAGUAUGGGUUAUCCCAAAUAUUUUUAUUAUAUUGUUUUCAUCUUUUACGAGAUCCAUUUGUAUUUUUCAGUCAGAUCUAAUCUUUCUUUUAGAAAUCUCUCUUUCUUCUUCCGCAGUAUGGAAAGCGGAGAAGCCUACUUGACAUUUUUCAUUAUUCAAAAACAGAUGCGUUUAAUAAUUUAUUACAUCGCUAACUUAUGUAGUUUGUUAAAAAAAAAAAUUACACAGGAACAAUUACACCCAAGUACUGUGCACCAAUCACUAGGAUCUUUAAGGUUCAUACGAAAUAUCUGGAGAACCCCAAACGAGAAACUUUUUUUUUUAUUUACACUUAUUGCUUUGUUUCAUUUUCAUUUUCGGAUAAGAAACCACUUGAAUACCGACUACCCGAGAGCCCCGAAGUUUCUUUUAUUGUGCCGAAGAAUCUUAAAGGAGAGAAACAAAUAAAGAAAGAAGGGACUAGCGGGAAGGUAGUUAUCUAGACGGGAGCCGAAGCCCUAAUGGUCCUUCGUUAGCCUUGCUAUCUCACGGAAGAUCCCUUAAGAGCCAAGUAAAUACUGACUAAAUGGAUGGCUCCUUUAGAUCUGCCUGGGGAGUCAAAGCAGCUCUUCUGAAAGAGUUCUUCAACCGAGGGUUCUUAUUAUACUACCUUACGCUCCGCCCUCCCCCCCUUCUUUCUUCCCCACCUUUUCUGAUUCCUCUUCAAAUUCAUUUUAAGCCAAAAAUAAUUUAUAAAGUUCAUCUGCUCCCAGUGGCGUGGAUAAUGCCCAUGCGGUGCAACCCUUAAGAUGAGCAGUGCAUAAACGGACAUUCUAGAAAACUUUUCAACUAAACGAAGAAAAAUAUGUAUAUAUUUAUACAGUGAAUACUUGAUGGUUGACCGUGGUAUAUUAUUGAGUAAGAAAAUGGUCCGGUUGGCGGUCAUAAAUAGACUAAAUUAGUAACAAACUAUUCAUUUAAAGCCAACGUUUCGACCUGACUUUGCAGGUCUUCUUCUUUACCAGAACGAACAAGAAACAAAAUCCUUAAGAACAAUGUGGCAGUUACAUAACGCUCAGAUACAAAAUAUAAACAAUGUGAAUAAACUUAUUAAAAUUACACACACUUAGAAUAGCAAAUACGAAGAAAUAUUAACAACAAUAAACUACAUAAACAGAGUAAACGAAAUAUAACUAUAUAACAAGACCCUAAACUAAAGUAAAUAAAUAAUAACAAUUAUUGUAGAUUAUUGGAAAUAUAGAAUAAGGACGAUCGAUAAUAUGCGGAACAAUGGAUAUAAUCCUACAGAUCUCAAGGAGAGAAUGGAAGAAAAAGAAAAAUAAUAAAAAAGAAGUAAUAAUGGACAUAAAGGGUGUGUGAAAUAAACCAAAAAAAAAAAAAAUAUGCAGUUGAGAGUUUCGGUUGAAACUGAGGAAACAUGAGGGGAGAGGGAAAAAACAUAUGAGAAAUUAUAUUUAAUAUGGUGGGCACCUUGAUUAUAAUUGGUUUUGUCACGCUUUGUUUUCAAAAACUAUUUAAAUAGUUAUAAUACAAAUUCAGUUUUUACCAAUUUUAUAGCGGAAUCUCUCUGAUUAUUCACGUGAUACAGUUAAGUGUAUAUCAGAGCAGUUGAUAUUUACUGUUGGCAUCUUUUUUUUUGUUAUUUUAAGAAAAAAAAAAAAAAAAAAAUUUUUUUUUUUAUUUAUUUUUUUUUUUUUCUCUUAUGAUAUGCGGUAUGAUCAGCAAGUGAUGGCCAGUAAGGUGCCCAAGAGGUCUCGGUCAGACGGAGUUAGCUCACCAGCCAAACAAAGGACUCGUCGCUGCCUACGAGAAAUACCUCCAGUGACCAAAAUGAACACUUCAGAACCAGAACCUCAGCCCCAACCAGGUACGUCUGCACAAGAAACGAUUGAAGAAUCACCUUUCUUUACUCCAAACCCCUACCAAGUGCUUCAAAAUGACAGAGAAGUAAUGGAGUCUGCAGCAAUACCCAGAGAACCAAAGCCUCCUCCGAUAUUUGUGAAAAAUAUAAAAAAUUUCCAGAUGUUCUGCACCCAACUAAAUAAAAUCUGCUCUGGCAGUUAUUCAUGCCUUAACAGGACCAAUGACACCAAAAUAACACCUGAUUCUGCAGAAGCCUACCGAAAAAUAGUGAAGUACUUAUCAGAAACAAAUGCGAAUUUUCACACUUACCAGCUGAGGCAGGAAAGAGCUUUACGAGUAGUGAUAAGAAAUUUACAUUCCUCAACCCCCACUGAAGUUAUUAAAGAAGAACUAACGACGCUUGGUUUCAAUGUACGCCAGGUAACAAACGUUUUGAAGGAGGACAGGGAGCAGCCAGGAUUACGAAAUAGGAUCCCACUACCAUUGUUUUUCGUGGACUUGGAGCCAUCACCAGGUAUCGAAAAAAUAUAUGAUAUCACAAGAAUAUACUACACAAUGGUGAAAGUUGAGAAGCCAUAUCCCAAGAGAGACAUCGUGCAGUGCCAUAAUUGUCAGACCUAUGGCCACACGAAGACAUAUUGCCACCAUCUGCCGCGUUGCGUGAAGUGCGGUGAACAGCACAAAUCUGUAGAGUGCACCAAACCUAUACAAGAUCCAGCAGUAUGUGCCCUAUGCUUGGAGGAACACCCGGCCAACUACAAAGGCUGCCAAAUUUACAAGAAUCUCAAAACCAGACACCAGAAAAACCGGAUUCAAGAUGAAGCACUAAGAACAAGAAGAGAGAGAGAGCCUUCCAGAAUUGUAAACAAUGAUGUAUCAUUCUCCCAACUACUUAGAGGUAAGACUUUAACCGAUAAAUGUCAAGCCCUGCCACAACAACCUCAAACCCAACCUCAAAAUCCUCUUCAUCCUAAUAUACCUGACCACCAACAACAAAUUCCUCAUAUUCCUCCUCCUUCAAAUGCAACAGAUCUCACAAGUUUGUUAGCAUCUUUCCUCACCGAUUUCAAAUCCCUUGUUACUCCACUCAUAUCACUCCUCACGAAUCUCGUAUCUCACCUCAUCCCUCCUCUGAAAAAUCCUUAAAUGACUCACAUCCCUAAACCCAUAUCCAUUCUCCUUUGGAAUGCGAAUGGUGUUAGAAAUCAUACAGACGAACUAUCUACUUUACUACUUGACAAGAACAUUGAUGUGGCACUAAUUACUGAAACUCGACUAACCACUAAACAGCACUUCAAUAUACCACAAUACCUGACAUAUCGUACUGACCACCCUGACGGAAAAGCACAUGCCGGUACUGCUGUAAUUGUACACCAAUCCCUCUCCCAUCACGUACUCCCAUUACCAAUACAUGAUUUCCUACAGUCCACCGCUAUCGUGAUAAAAACCUUCUCCUUUCCGGUCACUCUUGCAUCAGCGUAUUGCCCUCCUAACCGAUCCAUAUCCAAUGCCCAAUUCAGUUCUCUCCUCGACUCCUUAGGACAUCACUUCAUCUUGGGUGCAGACCUAAAUGCCAAGCACCAACAAUGGGGUUCCAGAACCACGAAUUCUCGUGGCCGAACCCUGCUGUCUGCACUCAAUUCCCAACGUUUUCACCUCCUUUCCCCCAACUCUCCUACCUACUGGCCCACAGAUCCCAACCGUAAUCCUGAUCUUCUUGAUUUCUUUAUCCACAGCGGCUUAAGUCCCCUCAAUUGUUCCAUUACACGUCUAAAUGAACUUUCCUCUGACCAUAGUCCUCUAAUCCUUAAUGUUUCACUUGAACCUGUUCCCAAACCUUCUCCACCGUCAUUCAUUAGGGGCCCAGUAAGCUGGGACCUUUUCCGCCAAAUAAUCUCCGAUAAUAUUGAUCUCAACAUAUCCCUCAAAACUCCCGAUGACCUUGAUAGUGCCGUAAAUUCCUUUACUACCACAAUCCAACAAGCCGCCUGGACUGCCUCCUUCCCUAAAGACUCCUCCAGAAUUCCUAAAAAGACCAUUCUACCCCAACACCUCCUUGACCUAAUCCACACCAAACGCCGUGCCAGAUUAUUGUGGCAACGUACCCGACAUCCUGCCGACCGCUGCUCCUAUAAUUAUUACUGCAAAAAAUUAAAACUGGAAUUAGCCACCUUCAGAUCACAUUCCUUCAACUCCUACCUAUCCUCCCUCUCUUCUCGCGACAAUUCCCUUUGGAAAACCACAACCAAAAUCCUAAAUCCUCACCGCAUUUCCCAUCCCCUCCGACGAGAUGAUGGCUCCUGGGCAGCAUCUGACGAAGAUAAGGCUGAGGAGUUCGCCAUUCACCUAUCCAAUACAUUUAUUUCACAUCCGGAAUCCCAUCCUGCCCACACCAUAACAGUAGAAGAACUCCUUACAUCACCAAUCCCACUUUCCUUGCCCCCAAAAGCUAUUCAUCCUUCCGAAGUGAAAUUUCAAUUAAAAAAACUAAUCCCCCGUAAAGCUCCUGGACAUGAUCUCCUUACCCCUCAAAUCCUUCGACAACUUCCAUCCAAAGCAGUCAUAUUCCUUACAUAUAUCUACAAUUGUAUCCUACGCACCACCCACUUCCCUCUGCUAUGGAAACACUCCACUAUUAUCCUUUUCCCAAAACCAGGCAAACCUCCCAAUAUCUCAACAUCCUAUAGACCAAUUAGCCUACUCCCAAUCCUUUCAAAAAUUUUUGAAAAGAUCCUGUUGAAACGAAUCCUACCCAUUAUAGAAUCCCAAAAUAUUCCUUCCCAUCAGUUUGGUUUUCGCUCCCAACAUUCUACUGUUCAACAAGGACUCCGAGUUGUUGAUCAUAUUUCCUCAGCUCUAGAAAACAAGGAAUACUGCUCGGGUGCAUUUCUGGACAUUGCACAGGCAUUUGACCGGGUAUGGCACUCCGGACUGCUCUUCAAGCUUAAAAUCCAUUUACCUCAGUCCUUGUACCUAGUCCUCCGAUCCUACCUCUCUGACCGCUCCUUCCGAGUUCGCUGUGGAACAGAAUUUUCCAAUAUCUACUCCGUUAAAGUCGGUGUUCCCCAAGGCAGCGUCUUGGGUCCCGUGCUUUACAUCCUCUUUACUGCUGACAUCCCUGUUCAUCCCGAUACUUUUCUUGCAACAUUCGCUGACGACACCGCAAUCUUAUCAUCCAACUCUGAUCCCAACAUAGCAUCCUUAAAUCUCCAAAACCACCUCACCUUGAUUGAGCACUGGUGUAAUAACUGGCGCAUUAAAGUUAAUGAAUCUAAAUGCCAACAUAUUACCUUUACACUCCGACGCAGCUCCUGUCCACCAGUACACUUUAAUUCCAUCCAGCUUCCUUACUCAGACACAGUCCGGUAUCUUGGUUUUCAUUUAGACCGAAGACUAACGUGGAACCCACAUACUAGACUCAAAAGACAAGAACUCAACCGACGAUACGGCCAGCUAUACAGACUACUAAACAGAAAAUCCAAACUUUCUAUUGAAAACAAAUUACUUAUCUACAAGACAAUACUGAAACCUAUAUGGACAUACGGACUUGAACUGUGGGGGACAGCAAAAGCUUCUAACAUCAAACGUAUUCAAUCCUUUCAAUCUAAAGUCCUUCGAACAAUAGUUGAUGCUCCGUUCUAUGUAAAUAACAAAAUCCUACACCAUGACCUUAAUAUCCCAUUUGUCCUAGACCUUAUUCCAGAAAAAUUCUCCAAAUUUCACCAGAACCUUACCUAUCAUCCAAAUCCCCUUGCACAAUCUCUAUCCAGCAACACCCAUCCUUACAAUCCUCCUCGAAGGUUGAAGCGGCAGUGGCCCAGAGACCUUCUGUAAAUAAGCAUCUAUUGGAGUUUUGGCAAUGGCCAGAUCCUCCACUCAAGCCCGAGUGUGUAUGAUUAGGUUAGUUCUUUUGUUUAUAUACAUUUAUUUUAUUUAUUGUAUUUAUUUUUAUUUUAUUUUAUUGUAUUUAUUUUAAUUUUAUUUUAUUGUAUUUAUUAUUAUUAAGUUUCUGUAUUAUUAUUAUUAUUUUUUUUUUAUUUAUUGUAAAUAGAGUGUGAGUGUGUUCUCUGAACACUAUUACAAAUGUCCUUGAUGUGACAGAAUGUGAUAUUUCUAAAUAAACAAAUAUAAUAAAUAAUACAAAUUACUAAUUAUAAAAAUAUAGUUCGAUUGAAACUUCUACAAGUCAUCAACCUCGAAAUGUUAGACUGAUUUGAUUGCCGAACCGAAACCAAUUAGUCUGUUGUUUAGGCCCCCUUUUAUCAAAUCAUUAACAUCCACCUAAAACUUCAUGAAUGGCCUUACCAUAGCCCGCAACCAACAAUUUUUUUAUUUUCAAAAAUUCUCAAAAAUGGGACCUUUUCAAAAUAUUCAUUCGGUUUCCACUUGAAUCGUAAGAUAAUUUUAUCAUAAAAUCGAAAGAAAAAAAAAUUGAAUUACAAAAAUAUUACAUAUUAUAAAUAUCAAAGUGCAUUUCCAAAAGUAAAUCCUACAUUAUUUUCGUAAUUGUGGAUUAAUGGUUGAUUGCAGCGCAUAAUUGAAGAGAAGAAUGGUUGGGAUGAUCAGUCAAAAAAUAAAUAAAUAUAUUUAUUUAUUUCUACUUUUUUAUUUCAAACUGAUCAUCCCUAUGGCUAUUCUCUUCAGCUAAAUCAUUUUUCUUAGUUCUGACUCUUUAUUUAAUACGUUAUUGAAAAAUAUAAAUAAAAUAUUUAGUUGAGGAGAGUAUCGGUUGGGGUGAUCAGUUUAAAAUAAAAAAUAAAUAAAUAUAUAUAUUUUCUUUUUGUAGUUCUGACAUUUUAUUUAAUAUUUUAUUGAAAAAUAUAAAUAAAGAAUUUAGUUGAAGAGAAUAUCGGUUGGGGUGAUCAGUUUAAAAUAAAAAAAAAUAAAUAUAUAUAUUUUAUUUUUGUAGUUCUGACUUUUUAUUUAAUUUUUUAUUGAAAAAUAUAUAAAUUUUCUUUCUUUAAUGUUAUCAACCAUUUCUAUUAGUCCCUGCCUGUAAUAAUCUGAGAUAUUAAAAUAUUUUCCACACAAAUCAUACAGAUCCAGUAGUCAAUCAUAGCUAUAAAUUUAGCCAUCAAUUUAUACUCAGUGAGUGGUACCAACUCCUUUUUAUCAAAUUAUUAAAAUCCGCCAAAAACUUCAUGAAUUGUUUCAUCUUGUUGUAACCUACAAAUUUUUUAUCUUCUAAAAUUCUCAGAAAUUGCAUUUACUCAUUAAAGUAAUUAAUUUAAUUAGGAACUAAAAACUCUUGAAUACCCCUUUGCUUUUCCCUUGAAUCGUGAGAUUAUUUGAUCACAAAAUCGAAAAAAAAAGGUGUCCAACAAAUAUAUUGAGCCGUCUGGCCCAUAUAACUGUCUAUUCUGUCAUUUUUGGGAUGGAGAUCACUCCAAACGGCCCAAUAUUUUUGUAGGCCACUUUUAUUCUUGAUUUCGUAAUCAAAUUAUUCUCAUAUUCAAUUGAAAGCAAUAGGUGCUCAUGAUUUUUAAUGCCUUUUUAAAUGAACAGUUUGCCGAUCUCCAGAUUGAAAACGUCCCAAUUCCGAGAAUUUUCGUAAAUAAAAAAGUAGUAGGUUACAAUGAAGUGAAGAUAUUCACGAAGUUUUAGGCGGAUGUUAAUAAUUUGAUAAAAAGGGGUCGGUACUAUGUACUAAGGUAUAUAUGAUACCCUCGGUCAUUCGCUCGAUUGAUAUUAUGUUCAUGUAAAUGUAAAUUUUAUGUCUUAAGCACAAAGGUAUUAAGGAAUAUUACUUAUAUGUUUUGCAUUAUUCCGUAAAUAUAAUUAUUUAACCUUUAUAAUUAUAUUAUAUAGUCCAUCAUAAUGAAAGAACACAAAUUAAAUAAAACCAAUGUAAUUUGCAUUUUAUUCAUAGCAAUUAUUUUUUAAUAGAGUAUAAAAAUAAUGUGUGAAAUCUCUUUAAAACAGAUUUUUGCACAAAUUUCUAGACAACAAAAUCAUAUUUCUCUGAAUAAUUGCGCUGUAUUAAGUAUGUAGAGAAGGGAAUUUGAAAAAUGUUAUGGGGUCAAAUACUUGGGGCUAAAUAUUUGACGCAAGAGGGAAAUUUACUCAAAUAUUUUUAGAUAAAAGAAGAAAUUUUCAUUUUUCAUUAUUGUCAUUAUUUAUUUCUCUCUUUUUUUUUUCUUUAGAAAGAGAUUUUGCCAACAUAUUCGAGGAAGCUUAAUGUAUUUUCAUUUUCACUUACCUAUAUAUUUAAUAUAUUGUAAGGGAAGGUAUUAAGAUCGUGAAAAUUAUAGUUUUUAACAGAAAAAUAUGUUUUGGAAUCACCUAAGUCCAAAUAACCAAGUCCCGAAAAAUGGUCUAUGUAUGUGUGCGUGAGGGAACAGCCUAACUCAAAAACGAAAAGUCGUAUGAAACUGAAAUUGCGUAUUUAAUAUUUAUACCUGGUUCAUAUUUUACAGCAACUUUUUCAUUGAAAUAGGCUAACUGAAAGUGGUAAUGUCGGUUGAUCGGGGUCCGGUCAAAUAAAUACUAAAUUAAACAAAUAGUAUUUGUCACCCAUUGCAUUGUCACCCACUAUAUCUCUGAGAUCAUCUUUUUAUUUCUGUAUCAGACAACUUCUUCUUAUUUUAUAUCUACUUAUAUUCAUUUAUUUUAUAUUCACCAUGUUUUGUAUCUUUUGUAGCCCUGAUGAAGACCUGCAAAUUGGGUCGAAACGUCGGCAAAAAUUAAAUAAUUACUAUUUGUUUAAUUUAGUAUUUAUUGACCGCACCCCCGGAUCAACUCCUUCUCAUAUAAUAUCUAAGGUCAACCAUCUCUACAUCAUUAAAAAUAUAAUUAUAAUUAUGAAAUUAUGACUAUGAAAAACAUACGAUAAUAGAAUGUUUCAAAAAAUAUGUUGUCAUAUCUGUGAUUUUUUGUUUUUCUUCCCUUUGUCUGAAAAUAUUUAUUUCUCCUGUGAGAAGAGUAAGUGAAAGUUGUAUGAUGCGCGCACCGCGAUAGGUUUUUUUAUUAUAUAGAAAGUCAAUUCCUCCAUCUUAUGUUACAUUUUAUUUACUUAUUUCCAUUCUACACCGCCGCUUGUUCAUUCACCGACAUGCUUAUGCGAAUUAUUUUCACGAAAAUUUGAAUAAAUUGAAAACUGGAUUUAACAAGUGAUAAUAUCUAAAUGAAAUUCUACCACGGAAAACUCAAAUUAACUAACCACAUCUAAGGCAAGGAAGGCUACUAACCUCUUUUGAUUAAAUCAAACCACAUCAGACUCAAAAAAAAAAAAUACAAAACCUCACGACAAAUACGUGACACAUAUGAAACUACAGUAGGAAAACGACAUUGAACAUAACUUCUAAAAAAAAAACAAUGUUCGGUAUUAAUAGAUGUUUUUAUUAUUGUCAUAAACUAAUAAACUAUUACCAUAAAUUCAACAUUAAUUUUUGAUCUUAGGUAGGAUGGAUUCGUAUGAAAGACAAGCAUGUCCUCACCUAUGGGAUAUACAGUUUCGCCCACGACCAGAGGUUCCAGAUUAGACACAGAGAGGAUCCGGAUGACUGGAAACUAUUGAUCAAGCAUGUCAUGAAGAAGGAUGAAGGACCUUACAGAUGUCAGGUGAAUAGAGUAUAAUGAAUAUUGAGGUGUAGGGUGCGAUCCAUUAAUUAAAAAAAAAAAACUUCAGAUCGUAUUUUCACUCUAAGGAAAGGGAAGGUUAUGCACAUAUAUAUUGAUCGAUUUUUAAUUUAGUGACUUAAAUCAGGGAUCUCCAAACUUCUUAGGUUGCGAAAAUAAUGAUAACACUUUUAAGUCUCAAGACUUGGCUUCGUAGCACUCUAGCAAAGGCGCUCUUCCUAGAAAGACGUACCAGUAAAGAAGGAGCGGUGAAGGAAUAUUGCCAAGUAAUAAAUCGCCUUAUGCCAGCAGAAAGGGUGAGUGACUUUGUUUUUACAAUGCAUAUUCCUCACUAGUGCAUUGAUACAGACCACUAAAAAAAAAAAAAUUCUUAUGUUGCCUCAUGUUAAACUUAGUAAAAAUCCUGGUAUACUUAGUAAAAAUAAAAUUUCUAAACUUACUUAUUUUCCUAAACAAUGAGUGAGGCUUCAGCUGAGAAUUAAGCUCUCUAAGAAAAAAAAAACACCCAAAACAAAUGUUGUGCCAACCUCCUGUGUGAGUAAUGUGCUAAAUUUCAUAAUUUUUAAAAAUUCUAUUAUGUAAUCAAAGAAACUUUUUUGGGCCGGAUUGUAGGUGCUUGAUGUGACUCGUUUUAUAAUAAUCAAAAAGUAAAUUAUAAAUGUUAAUGCCCGUUAUAGCUAUUCACGAUACAGCUAAUGAAAAAAUAGCUAUACUCGGUGAAUAUUGAUUUCUAGAAUUCCUUAGUUGUCCUUAGAUAGGUAUUUGGACAAUAAUAAUGCUUUAUCUCGAAGUGAUAUAUUUUUAAUGUUUAACACUCAAGGCCCGUAACAACACCUAAGGAUGUUUUCUUUUGUACAUCCUUUUAAUGUUGGUAGAAUUAAGUUAUGCAGUGUUAGAUACAAAUGUUAAGGGACGUAGUUAUAAAAAUGUUUAAUGUUUUUUUUGUUUUUUUUUUACCAUAGAUAAAUUAAAGUCAUGUUUAAUACAAUUCCAAAGAAAAAAUAUUAACUAUUUGAAACCUUUAUCAACUAAAGUAAUAGCUAUAGCAGUUAGUAGUUAUACCCUUGUAAAUAAAGGGAUUCUGACAUGCAAUUUGGCCUGUCUAAGUGCUGGUUCAGCCUUCCUAAUGCCUCCUAUCAGGCUUAGCACACGGUCUGAUCCGAGUCCUGCACACCUGUAAUCCAAGCCGUUCUUAGUGCUGAUUACAACUAACUCUCGGAUCUAUUCACUCCUUAAGAGUAUAUCAACGCAACUGUUAGUUAAUAGCACUAGCUUCAAUAUGAAAAGUAAUUAAUAUGGGGUUUGGUUUUCGAAAUGAGCUUACGCAAAUACAUAGCUGUAUUUGAACGGACUGUAGGGCAAUGGCUUGUUAUUCGAGAAUAGGCGACUUAACGAUCUUAGUUGAGAACUAUAUCAUCACCGCAGAGCGGGUCCUUUGUAUUCGAUAUCGAUUUAUAUUAACAAAGCACUGACUGGCCAUAACUAUCUGAUCACAAACCAAUCACUUUAUAAGUUAAUAAUACUCCUGAUUAAAUCCCAGACCGUUUGAAGCGGCAAGGCCUCAAAUAGGAACAGGCGUUCUGGUCAACAUAGCCCGACCUGAACUCAGGCUUUUAGGAGUUGAUCAAAGGCUAGCGUUGGGGGGAGGGAGUUUAGAGGAACAAGUUGUCUAAUGGGUCCCACAAAUCAGCAAUAAAUAUGUUCGUACAACAUUAUCAAUAUAUAUAUACAACAUUAUCAUCAAUUUAUGAAAACCAAUAUCCAGUACAACCUCAUUUGAAUCGUAGAUAAUAAUGACAAACGUUUUUUCAACUAUUUAUUAAGAAAUACUUUAAACUGAAAAAGUCACACUGCGUUUGUUCCAUGCACUCAAGAAUAAUGCCCGAAACGACCUAUGAUGAAUAUCUCGAACUAAUGAUCGUGUGAGAGUAUAUUUUGGAUGUAUAUAUAUAUAUAUAUAUAUAUAUAUAUAUAUAUAUAUAUAUAUAUAUUGUUAUUCAAUAAAGAUGAUUUUCUAUUUAUAUUUAUAUAUAUAUUUAUUUAUAUAUAAAUAUAAAUAGAAAAUCAUCUUUAUUCUGUGACUAGUUUCUUUGAGAAUAACAAUAUAUAUAUAUACAUCCAAAAUAUACUCUCACACGACCAUUAGUUCGAGAUAUUCAUCAUAGGUCGUUUCGGGCAUUAUUCUUGAGUGCAUGGAACAAACGCAGUGUGACUAGGUCCCUUGAGAAUAACAAUAUUGUUUAAACCAAUUGACAAUAAAUCUGGCCAGAUGACUUAUAUUAAUAAAGAGUAACUAAUAUCUAAGUAAUAAAAUGAGUAUAUACAUAGUUUUGGAGGGUAUAUUAAGGAAAGCAGAUGAGUACAACGGUUACAAUAUUGGUACAAAAAACAACAACAUACUUAUAACUAAAUAAAAUUGGAAAGAAAUGCUAAAUGUUUUAUAGGCAACCAAUUUAAGUGCUAUAAUAGCACUAUUGCUAUAAUAAAAAAAUAAAAAUAAGAAUAAAAGGAAAUAACUAGAGUAAAUAAAUGAUUUAUAUAUGUUCCUUAAGACGUUUAAGUGAAAACAUGUGAAGGUAUUGUGAAAAAGUAGACAAGUAUUGUGAUCUACCUGUGACGCAAUAGAUUACGAGCAGAAAAAGAAUAAAACAGAGGCAUACAUACAUACCCACAUAGAGAGGAGAGUAUAAUACUUUUAAAUAAAAUAAAAUACACUUCAAAAAAAUAUACUCUUAUGAAUAGAAAAGAUAAAAGGUAACAACAAUAAUAAAAAAUUAUACCUACUCACACUGCUCUGUGAGAGGUGAUCGAAAUUCUGUUUCAUACUCAAAACAGAUGAAAAAAAAUAAUGUAUAAAGAAUCUUGUUGCAUAAUAUAUACUUAGCCAGCAUCUGAUUGAACUGUGAAGAGGAAUUGGAAUAAGAGGGUUUUUAAAUCUGGAUAAGGAUGGUGCAUGGCGGAUUUUUAAUGGUAUGGAAUUCCAUAAUGCAGUGGGACGGAUAACAAAGGAAUAUUUAAAUGAGGUAGAUUUGUGUAAAGGAGUGUAAAGGUCAGAAGGAUGUAAUCUUGUGGAGAGGGUGUGGAUUGAUAAUUUGAAUUGUAGGAGAUUUUAUGCGUAGGACGGACGAUGAUUAUUUAGAAAAGGAAUGUGUCCAGGAAAUAUUUCCUUCGGAAGGGAGGAAAGAGGCACCCUAACUCAGCAUAGUGGUGAGAAAUAUAUAUAAUAUACACACUUAAGUAUUUCCUUAUAUAGAAUGACCCGUGACUAGACGGAAAUAUUUAAAAGGUUGACAGAAGACAUCGACAUCUACAAAAAAUUUUAUAUAAGCAAUUGCCCGAUUGCCAGCAGAAUUUGAAUUUGAAUUUGUGUUUUUUAAGCGAGUCACGUUUUUUUAUGAAUUAGAAGCGAUAACUUAAAAAAUAUUUGAUUUAAGUAACUAAAGUAGAGUUUGCCAUUGUAACUAUUUGAAGAGGACAUUUGAGCAGCUUAACACAGCUAAGUUCUGUUUAAACGGAAGUUUAAAACCAAAUGAGUGUGAAAAGAGUAACAAUAAUCCAACCCUACUGCAUUAACCGCAGCUUUUCAACCAGGCAGGGUUGUGGGGUCGAUAUGGAUCGGAUCGACGAGUGCCUCGAAGGUGAUUGACAGCGAGAGAUUUCCGUUCAGAACUUCUUGCGGGAUAAGCCGACCCCAUUCGCUGAAAAGGGCUGGCGGAUGGACGUGAAAUUAGUCAAGGAUUGGUAGCUUUAUGAAUGACUGUCAAACUCGGAUGGAGUCUAUUCACUUAAAGCAUCAGAGGGAAUCAUUUAUAAAGGUGUUCAUAUUUCGAAGUAGUAAAUUGAAAACGUAAUUAUAAUGUAUAUAAAUUAUAUUAUAUAUAAUAAUUAUAAAUUAUAAUGUAAUUAUAAACGUAACGUAUUUUAAAUACGUUGAUAUCGCUUCUUUAAAAAUCAUUAAAACGAGUUAACUAAAUUAAUAUUUCAAUUUAAUAUAAAUUUAGCAUACCUGUAUUGUAAUAAUUUGUAUUAAAAAAAAUUUAAACACACACACACACACACACAUAUAUAUAUAUAUAUAUAUAUAUAUAUAUAUAUAUAUAUACAUAUAUAUAUAUAUAUAUAUAUAUAUAUAUAUAUAUAUAUAUAUAUAUAUAUAUAUAUAUAUAUAUAUAUAUAUCUUCCUUUUUUUAACCCCAUUCAAAGUAACCUUUGAGAGUAUCGUUUAUUUUUUGAUACAUUUCAUAUAAAUAUAUAUUAUGUACUUUACAAAAAUACAUAAAACUAUACAUUAUUAGAAACAUAAUUCUACUUCAUUAAAAUUAAAACAUAAAAUUAUUUGCUAUGACCAAAAAAAGGAUAAUAAAAUAAAUUUUAAUAAACAUAAUUUUCUAUCGGAAUUUUUACUUGUUGAGCGCCUGGCUUUGCCUGGCCUUUCAUAUCUCUUAAGAGAUAAAUCUAUAAAAUAUAAGGUACCCACCAAUUAUUUGGCCAUCAUUAAAUAUUUAUUCUACCAUGCUAGCCCAGGUGAGAAGAGAUUAAGUUGGAUAUUUUUAUAAAGCAGCAAAAAAAAAAAAGUUAAGAGAUCUAUUUAAAGAAAGAAAUAUUUACAGAGUUAAUACUAUGUACAAGCAAAAGAAAUAAAAUAAAAUGGAAAAGAGAGAAUUUAAACAUAAUAACUAUAUACAAUUAAAGAUCAAUAUGAACAUAUUUAAGAUAAUAAAAAUAAUAAAAAAGAUACUUAUUUUAUAUACAAUAAGUCAAGAUAAAAGAUAUCAGAGCACAUGCACAUGCUAAAAUUAGGAAUUAAUAAUUAGUCAAAGGAAACAAAAGAGAGAAGAGUUUUUUUUUUUUCAAUGCUUCCUUAAUUUUGGUUACAAUGCUAUACUCAAUGGUUGAAUCAUUAAUUGUAUAAUGAGGAAAAAGAUGGUCCAGGGGAUAUAUAAUUGGCUACUUACAAAUACAAUACAUGAAUAGAUAGAUAUUAUGAAUUACAAAUAUCAAGAAAAUAAUAACAAGAAGGUUAUAUAAGAAAUUAAAUAUGAUAAUGUACAAUUUAAAUAUUAAGUCUGAUUAUGGGCCACAAUAGGCAAGAAUAUAUUAUGUCUAAUGUCUCAACUCUUUUGAUUUGUCUUGUUUACAUUUCCAUAUACUUGUUAGUUUAUCCGUCCAUACUUUUUAAUAUAUUCCCUUUUUUGUAUCUUGACAAAGACCUGCAUAGUCCAGUCGAAACGUAAGCUUAAUAAAUAGUUUUCACUACUUAAGCUACUGACUACCACCAAGGACCAUCUUUAUCUUCAAAAAAAAAAAUAAUAAAUUUGGCCUUGUUUUUUCACUUUCCAGCAACUAUACAUAAAAACAGUCAGUGCGAGAUUAGAAAAAUCUUAGAUCAUAUACAAAUACACCUGCGGCAAUUUGGUCCGUGUUUCCCCCUUCUUUCUUGAAUCGAAACUUUUCACUCCGAAAAAUAGUAAAUGUGCCUUCCCUCAAAAAAUGAAACUUCCGUCAAAAUGUAACCCUCCUCCCCUCCACCAAAAAAAAUGUUUGAUGGCAAAACUUUAAAAUGAUUUUCUUAGCUGUUGCAAUGCAAAUUUAAUUCAGAUUUUUACCCAAUAAAUUACAAAUAACAUCAUUGAGAACAGUGGCAUUCGGUCUUGUUUAGAAAUCACUAUUUAGUUGGACAGCUCAUUAAUCAAGGGAUAUCAAUCCGUAGUUAAUCAACCUCAUCCACGCCCACAUAAAACCAACAAUUAGCAGCAAGUUAAUUAAGCCGCAUUCACCGCUUAGCAGCUGCUACCGUCGAGUAGUGACCUACUUAUUAAAGUUCCUGCUCUAAGGAAAUCUACUGUCACUACGCAAGCUUCAGAGAAGUUACCAACAAAAAUUUUUAUCUCGUUUCAUAUGAAUAUAAUGCUUUUUAGUUGAUCUAUUAACAAAUAAAUGUAGACAAAUAACAUAGCUACUGUAUGCCAUACAAAAAAGUGAAGUUUACUUGAGCAGCUCACUUUUUUGUAAAUACGUGAAAUUAUAAUAAUAAUAAAAGGCUUAACGAACCCGAAGAUUCGAUGCCGACACCACCAAUCGCUUAUUACACACCUCCCUCCACCGUUCGCCGUCCAAACCCAGUCCCUUCAGAUCGGCUUUAAUGCAAUCUUCCCACCUUCGCUUCGGUCUACCCCUCGGACGCUUACCAUUCGGCACCGCACAUACUAACCUUUUAGGAAUUCUCUCUUUACUUAGCCCAACAACUUUACAAGCCCAUUUGAUUCGCCGCGAUGAAAUUACCUCAAUUAUAUUACUCGGAUACAUCUCUCGCAAUUCGGCGUUGUGUAACCGUCUGAACUCUCCGGUUAACUCAUCCUUUUUCGGUCCGAAUAUUCUACGCAAUACUUUAUUUUCAAAAACCUUAAGACGCUGCUCAUCCCUUAAUGUAAGCGGCCAAGUUUCGCAUCCAUAAAGAACUGUAGGCAAGAUAAUUGUUUUAUAGAUUCUAAUUUUUAAGUUCCGGGACAAGAGGCGCGAACUAAGUAGUUUUGUCACAAAAAAAUAACAAGCAUUUCCCGCCUUCAGUCUAACCUUAAUCUCUUCUUCAAUUUCGUUUUUUCUAGUUAUCGUAGAACCUAGAUACCUGAAUUUCUCUACCUGUUCAAACAUAUUAACAUCUAUAUCGAUAUCACCAGUAGUAUCGCCAUUUUUGUCUUCGCUUAACAGUACCAGAUCAUCAGCAUAGCCCAGCACGGAUGUUGUUCCGCCCAGAUCCAACCCUUUCUCGGUACGCAUUACCUCCCUAAUGGCAUGUUCUAUUGCCAAAUUGAACAGGACAGGCGAAAGAGAAUCCCCCUGUUUUAAACCCGAACGAACCUCAAACUUUUCGGACAAAUUAUUACCGAUUCUAACUUUAUUGAAUGUCUCCGUCAAGCACAUCCUGACUAGAUUUACUAUUUUUUUUGGAAUCCCUUGCUCGAUUAGAAUAUUAUAUAGUUUCUGGCAGCAAUAGAAUCGUAAGCCUUUUUAAAAUCUAUAUACAGCUGGUGAACAAUACCGUUAUACUCCAAUUUUUUCUCUAAUAUUUGCCGAAAAGAAAAUAUUUGAUCAAUUGUCGAACGAUUCCGUCUAAAUCCGCAUUGGUAGUCUCCGAUAAUUUCCUCGGCGUAUUCCGUGAUUCGACUGGUUAAGAUUGAAGUGAAUAUUUUAUAACAUACCGGAAGGAGUGAAAUUCCUCGAUAGUUAUUACAAUCCGUCCUCGGACCCUUUUUGUGAAUAGGAAUAAGAAUAGAAUCUUUCCAUUCUUCAGGUAAUUUCUCGUUCACCCAGAUAUUUUUAACCAACCGAUGUAUUUUAGAAACUCCAGCUUCCCCGCACGCCUUAAUUAGUUCAGUAGGAAUAUUAUCGGUUCCCGCUGCUUUAUAUGAUUUUAAUUUUCCGAUAGCUACUUCAACUUCCUCUUUACUUGGUCCUUCUAUUAAUGGUUCAGCACUCUGGUACUCAGAAGGAGGACACAGAUCACAAUUUCGCGUAUUUAAAAUAUUGUCAAAGUGGUCCUUAAACUUAUUCAAUAUGUCAACCGGAUCGGUCAGAAUAUUGUUAUUAUCAUCCCUAAUUCCAGAUGUUACGGGCCCUACAUAUUUACGUGAUCUGUUUAUACCUUUGUACAUGUCUCUUACUUUAUUUUCGAUUCUAUUAGUUUCUAUUUCAAUUAUUUUAUUUUUAAGAUACUCCCUUUUUUUAUUUUUGAGCAAUUUUGUCGUUUCCUUCUUUGAGAUUCGGAAGUAUUCCAGAUUGUCUUCGCUAGGAUUAUUUAGAGCUUUUAAUUUAGCGGCUUUUCUUUUUUCGCACAUGUUUAAGCAAUCUUCAUCAAACCACGGUUUGUUAUUCUUAUUUUCCUUUUUUCCUAGACACGAGUUACCGACUCGUAUCUAGGAAUAUUAUCCCUGAUUUCUACCCAUAACUUGUCAAUAUCCUCGUGGUCCUCGUCAGGAAGCUCUAAAGCUUCAAACCUAUUCUUAACAUCUAGCUCGAAUUGGGUUCUAAUGGAUGGAUUUUUUAAUUUUUCCAAAUUAAAAUUCUCAAAAUCGAACCGGUUUUCUUUUCUCUUUUUUAUAUUAAGUUUUUGUCGAAGUUUCGCGAUUACCAAUUCAUGAUCCGACCCACAUUCUGCUCCGCGAUAAGACCGUACAUUGAUUAUACUGCUUUGCCAGCUGUGUUGUAUCAAGACAUGAUCUAUUUGAUUUCGUGUUUGCGAAUCCGGUGAUGUCCAAGUAUAUUUAUGAAUAUCCUUAUGUUUAAACGUCGUACUUUUAAUUAUCAGGUUUUUCGAGAUGGCAAAGUUUAUCCGACGGAUCCCAUUAUCAUUACUAUAUUCGUGCAAACUUUCUUUACCAAUCGUCGGAAUAUAAACUUCUUCCCUUCCUACCUUUGCGUUCGCGUCACCUACAAUCAUUUUCAUGUAGUUUCGCGGUAGUUUAUCAUAAACCCAUUCGAGUUUAUCGUAAAAUUCACUUUUGACUUCAUCGUCACUGUCUUCGGUCGGACAAUGUAUGUUUAUUAAUGCGAUUUUAAACCAACGUCCCUGAAAUAUCGCUACUGAAAUUCUAUCACUAAAGAAUUGUACGUCGCUCAAAGCGGAUAGUAAUCUAUUCCUAAUUAGAAACCCGGUACCUAAACAAUGAUUCCCGCUUCCUCCGUACCAAAUAGUGUACUUUCCUUCCCUCAUUGAGCCCUCCCCUGGCCAGCGAACCUCUUGCAGAGCCACGACAUCCAAAUUGUACCCAUUUACCUCAUUCGCGACCGAUUUUAGCCCCCCUGCUGUGUUUAAACUCCUUACGUUCCACGUACCAAUAUUUAAAUCCCUAUAUUUCAACUUGCGCCAUGAAUCCCCUAAAGCAGUCCCCACCCGGAGACCCGAACGGGGGACUAGUUUACCUCCGGAUAAUGAGCGUUUUACCUUAGGGAGAUCCAUGACUUUUUGUGGUGUUUGGCGAACUAAAGAUAUGUGAGUAGGGCGUUCAAUCCUACGUCACACCCUCCAGCAAGUCUGGUGGGCCCCUACCUCCAGCAAGUCUGGAGGUCCCCUCCCUCCAGCAAGUCUGGAGGGCCCCUCUCAUUGUUGGUCAGCGAGUCCAUCGGACUUAGCCGGGAGGAACUUCCAAGGAAUUUCCACCGACCAUCCCCCCAUCCGCCACCCGUGGGACGCUCCCCAUACGCGGUAAUGAGCCCGCGAGAGGAAAUACGUGAAAUUAGCCAACCCAAAAUAAUAAAUAUGAACAACCAAACUGGCGGAUCUAUUGGAUUAUCUGGUUCUUCUUCUCCCUCCUUCAUAUGAAAACAUUUAUUUAUUAUUUUUUUAUUUGUCUAUAUUUUUUUUACUGUGAGCGAUCUAAGCUAAAUACUUAAAUAAUGACAAUAUUUAUAUAUAUAUAUAUAUAUAUAUAUAUACAUAUUUUUUUUUAAUCAUAAUACAUAUACAGCUAAUAACUAUAACUAUAUCUAAUGAAAAAAAUAUUAUAGAAUUAUCUCUCAAAGUACUAUUGUUCGUAUAAUUAAAUUUGUAAUAGGACUUGAAGAAUCACUUAAACACCAUUUCAGAUAGAUAGUUUCUUUCAUUUUCUUCUCAAGUAAUUAUCGUUAUAUAUAUAUAUAUAUAUAUAUAUAUAUAUAUAUAUAUAUAUAUAUAUAUAUAUAUAUAUAUAUAUAUUUAUAUAUAUAUAUAUAUAUAUUUGAAACUAAAAUAAUCAAUAAGCUAGAAAAGAGACAAAAUGUGAUUAUGUUAUAAAUUCAAAAAUUUAAACAACAAAGCCAUGAGUCUCCAACACCCAGUUGAAUUGUUAACUUGCCAACGUUUCGCCAAUUUAGGCAUAAUCAGGACAGAAAAACCAAGAUCACAUAUAUGCAGAAAGACAAAAAAUGAUAACAGUAGACAUCUCACGAAGCCAUCUAAAUACAUAAUGGAGGAAAGAGGAGGUUCUGUUAACAACAGCUAAGGAAGGUUAUAUUGAACAACAAGGAGGUAUAGGUAUAACUAUAAUAUAAUAAUAUAAAACGUGUUAAAUUAAAUGAAUUUCUCUCUUAUUCUUAAGCGUUUCUCUCUCUCUGUCUCUCUCUUUCUCUCUCUCUCUCUCUCUCUCUCUAUAUAUAUAUAUAUAUAUAUAUAUAUAUAUAUAAAAUAGAAGAAGAAUAGAACCAUCAACAUUAUUCUGCGACAAAGUCCCUUAACAAUAACAAUAUAGCUUAUAAAAAUUAACAUUAAAUCUGCCCAAAAUACAUAUUAAAAUAAAAGAAUAACAAAAACAUAAGUAAUAAGAGAAGUGUUUACAUGGCUAUAAAGAUAUAUUAAAGAAGAAAGAUGAGGAAUAAGGUCACAAUACUGCAAAACAGCUGCUACAAACAAUAAUGCAAUGUAAGAAAUAACUAAAUGAAAUUGGAACGAUAAAUUACUUUUGUUCGCAAACCAUUGUAGUUAUGAAAAAUAUAAUAAUAAGAAAUAAAUUUAAAAAAAAACAUAGAUAAAUAUUUACAAUAAAUGAUUUACAUAUGUACCUUAAUAUGUUCAAAUGAGUACUUAUAAAGUACUUAUAAAGUACUGGUAUAUACGUAUUGGUUACGUAGAGGCUUUCAGAUGGAUUGCUACGAAGUACGUCUCCCGCCCAUCUUAACCUCCGUGCCUUCAUUGACGGAAUACUGAUUGACUAGUUUCUGUAAGUAGUUCUUUGUUCUUUCUUUUGCAAGUGUUAGUACUCUGACCCCAGACCGCUCCGGUUAUCGUGCGGAGGAUUUUCCUCUCAACUGUUUCAACACUUUUUUCUAGGAUACUGGUUAGUGUCUAGGUCGCACAGGCGUAUAUUAUAACUGGCUUUAUUAUAGCAUUGUACAAGUUUGAGAUUUUUCGGGAUUUUAAUAUUUUUGAGAAAGAAAAGAAAGCUCUGUUUGUGCUAGUUAUACGCUGCUCUAUUUCUGCCCGUUGGUAAUUCAUUGAAGUUAUUGUGGAGCCGAGGUAUUUGAAUUUUUUUACUCUCGGAAAUGAUUUUCCUUACUUUCGGGAAUGAUCUUCGAAACAUAUAUCUAGAAUUGUCAGGGACAUGAACAAAUAAUCAAAUUCAGUUUUUCCUGACAAAUUUUCUAUUUACAUUUUUGUUUAUUUAUAUACCUAAUAGAAAUGAUGAGGAAGCAAUACUGUGACCUAGUUGGUAUAUUUUUAUUUUUUGAAGUGCCACAGUAGGAAAAUUCCAUUUUUCCACUUUUUGGAUUUUAAUUUUCUAUUGUCAGUUUUAAGUAAUUUUUCCAAUCUAAUUCUCAAUGAAAAUAAGGCAAUUAUGGCCCUAGUGGUUGAAGCCUUAAAAUAAAAAUUAAAAAAAAAAGUAAUUCUGUGAUAUUUUUAUUUGUUAUUCAAUGUAAUUCAGUAUACAAGGUAAUUUAGUAUUUUUUUCAAUCUAAUUGUCAAUGAAAAAGGCAAUAAUGACCCUACUGGUUGAAGCCUUAAAAUAAAAAGAAAAAGUAAUUUUUAUUUGUUAUUCAAUGUAAUUCAGUAUUUUUUUUCAAUCUAAUUUUCAAUGAAAAUAAGGCAAUAAUGACCCUAGUGGUUGAAGCCUUAAAAUAAAAAUAAAUUAAAAAAAAGAAAUGUUUGCAUUUUUUUUUUUUUUUGUUAUUCAAUGUAAUUCAGUACACAAGGCCCUCUUCACAAUAACCCUACUGUAAGAGGGAAGGAGGAGACAAAUGAAACGUGUAUGUGUGUGUGAAUAUGGUCGGGAUAAGACAGAGUUUGGGCUCGUUAUGGUUAUGGGUGCUCUAACCUUUAUUAAAAUUAGGACUUGAAUAGAAAACAUUCUCGACAUAAACUUGGCUCAAAUGCUCCAAUUCAUUGAAAAACAAACUGAUAAGUAAAGGGACUACACUAUUUCAAAACGUAAGCUUAGCAAUCUUAACGACCCAUAUAGAAAAUUAUAUAGGGCAAACCAUUGGGAAAAACUGUAACAAAGGGCAACGAAAUUCUUCGCAAAGUGUUGUUGGUAAGGCUGAACCGAAGGAGACAUCCUUGGUCGAGAAUGAGCCGAGGAGAGAACGACCAGAUAGGAAUACUGAGCAGGCUGCCAUCCUCGGGGGAGAUGAUGGAUGGCCAUUGUGCUAGGCCAGUUACUCUGCCCACUUCUUUCAAUCGGCUUCUAUUCGAUUAUCAUUUCAUUAUCGAUCGAUGAGUUUCAAGCUCUGCCUCCACCAUUAGUUCUACAAAUUCUACAAAUAUCUUAAAAUUCAUUUUACAGCCAUACACACACACGAAAAUUAAAAUGAUCAUUAACUUAAACAAUUAUAAUUAUUUUUUAUUGAAAUUAUAUUUGAAUAUAGCGUAAGCGCGCGCACCAGUGAUGAGCAUAGCUAAGGAAUUUUUUGUAUUUUUUGGCAUAUGGCGCGGUAAUUAUUAUAGUUAUAAACUUCUCCAUAGGUCAUUUAUAAUCUCUAAGGUCUAUUUAGCACUUUAAAAUUGAAAACAUAUUCAGUUAUGCAAGUAUAAUCUCCAUUAUACUCCAUUAAUCUCCUUUUUUUGGACUAGUGAUGGAUACUCCGAACUUCAAAUGUUCUAGUAAUGGGCAGGGGGUCGUUACCAGUAAUGGACAUACCUCCGAAAAAUUCUAAAUCUUUAUUUGAUUAUAAAGAUGACGAUAAAGAUAAGAAAACAUAAAUGUUCUACUUCCUCUUAGCAAAACUUUUAGUAGGAAGGCACGAAACACACUGAUCUCAAGACCACUUUAGAAACAACAAUGAUAGGCAAUUUAAAAUUUUCUUUUGUGAACUUUGUUCAUACCAUUGCCAAUAGAGCGCAUUUUUCUUCAAUUUAGAAAAAACUGGAACCCAUAAAUCAACAAGGAAACUUAUUAUUUUAACAUUUUAAGUCCAAUCUGUCUUAACUGAGCCACCCUACUGUCUAAAAGAAAGAUCUUCUUUAUUAUUUCACAGUUGUAUAUUAUUUCACUAAUAUUAGAGUGGCUGUCCACAAGAACCUUGUAUAGCAACAGUAACCGUAUUAGGCACAAUGAUGCACCAAAUCGAAAAAGCGAUGGUGAGAGUUCACAAUAUGAAAUCCUCUCUAUUAAACUGAACAACAUUUUUACUUUUCAUUUUUAUCUCGACCACUCCAGCUUAGUAAAGCUGAUCAGGUUUAGGAUAAAUAAUGGGAGAACCAAUAAAGAUCUACACCUAAUGGGUAUAGCUAAGAGUGGUCACUGCUAAUGCUUGGAGGAUCCAAGACACAUUGCCUUUAAAUUGCAAAAGAUUCGAGAAGCGAAGAAGAAUUAGUUUAGGACCGCAAACUACGGAUGAUGGAGCUAACUUUCUUCGGUCGAUGAAUAAAGAUAACGCCCGUGAUUUGAUAAAGUUUUUGAAUGACAUAAAAGCAAUUAUAUAAUAAAAGUCGCCUCUUAUUCGCACUUAAUUGUUAUUAAACUACUGUCACCUCAGUAUUUAACCAUUAGUCUUUCUAUUUCAAGUUCAAUAUAAGUUACAUUCAAUAUUUAGUUAGUUAUAUAAAAUGUUAUUUAAUUCUAGAUCUAUAUACUUUUGUUUUUUGUUAUGGUUCUAUUGUAAUUUUAAGCAUCUUAAUAUUGUGUAUAGGAGAGGUGUAUAAAGAGUGAGAAGUGAGAGAAAGUUAAAUUAAAUGUUCAAAAAAAAACAUGAACAAUGAAAGGAACAAAAAAAAAAAAAAAAAAAAAUAUAUAUAUAUAUAUAUAUAUAUAUAUGACCUUAUUCCCAAUUAAAUAGUACUGUACAGUACUGUACAGUAGCUUAAUAUAUGUGCUAGUGGACGGUGCUGAGACUGUCGGUGUGUCCCUGGCCUGAUCGAAGCUCUAUUUUUUAAAAUUCUAGCUUUGAAGAGGAUCCCAUGGUUGACUAAUAAAAAGAAAAUACCGGGAUCGAAACGUCAAUAAACAGAAGAAAUGAACAUUCAAUAGUUUAUUAAAUAAUAAUUGAAUGACCUUAUUUCCAAUUAAAUAGUUAAGUUGUAUGUAGCAAAUGAUACACUACAUAAUGACUUAAACGUGCCUACAAUUUUAGAUACUGCAAAAGAUAACCACAAUAACUUUCACCAAAGACUGUCGUUCAACAUGAAUCUCCUGACAUAAAUCCUUUAUCGUACAACAAACCCGUACAGUCCAUUGCGACGAUUACGUAGGCGUUGGCCAAGAGACCUGCUGAUCUGAUUUAUAUCCCGGACGUGAUGGGAAGCUGUGCAGCUGUCAAAAAAUUUGCUCAUUGGAAUGAAAUUUUCAGAUUGCAAAUUUAAUCUAAUGUUCUACAUUUUUGUUUGGUUAAUAAAAAAUAAAAUAUCAAUGAGCAGGUUUUCCUAAUGUAUACCUCGAAUGUACUAGAAGAAGGGAUAUAAAUCUAAUACAAGAGCUCUUGUGCAGGUAUGGAAGUAAUUUCAUAUUACCAAAUGCUCAAUUGCGAUAAUGCACUGCAUUUUUUUCAGGACAAGAGUGGAUGAUUAAACAUGAUACACUACACUGUAGCUAAAGGAGGAUCGAAUUAAAUGCUGAACAGGACACGGCGAUAAAAAACAAAAAGAAGAGCAGAGGGGGUUGAAUAACAAUAAAUUUUUUAUGAGAGCUCCAUUAGUGCCAUUUUAAUUACAAAUGUCAACCAGCCAGCUUUUUAGCUCCGGAUUAAGGAGUACUUUGAAUAAUUUAUAGCCUCUAAGCCCCGGACGUCGAAAGCCAUUGUAUUUUUUUUUUUAAAUUGCUGAGUGUUUCGCAAACAUAUUAGUCUUAAUUUUUAAAUAUUGUGGUUUGUAAUUACCCUCAUAGAAGAGACUUAGAUGGUAAUUAGACCAACAAUAAAAACACAGGUUCCAUUCCUACUGAAUAUUUUUUUUUUUAAAGGAUCUUGAAGUUCCUUUGACUUAAUAAAAACAACUCUGCUACUACCUGAAUGUUUUGUUAAUUAUAUUCAAUCAAGGAAUCUAAAUUAUGUUUUUAAAAAAUCUUGAGACUAACCCAUGAUUUAUAACUGACCGCCGAAAAAGAUGAAUAAUGAAAGAAAUAAGAAACAGCCGAAACUCAUUUUAGUAAUAUGUUCUAUUUUCAAACAACUCUAUAAUUUUCCACCCUAAAUUAGGUGAACAGGCUACCCAUUCACCAAGCAUAGUUUGUUGGCUACUAUAAUUACCGUUGCCCAAAUUCGAGACCGAGACGAGUUUUGGACUUGUAAACUCAGUCUUGUUCUAGGUCUUGGUGUUACAUAUUAGGUAAGAGUCUCGCAAAAGCCUUGCAGUUACAUAUUAGCUUAUUACUACAGAGAUAUUACUGUAAUUUUUUAGAUAGGAGAAACCUAACAAAGCCCUAAUGAAAAAUUAGAAGAGUUAAAUGCAAAAGUAUAUUGGUUACACCAAUUAUUUACAUAUAGUAACUAAAAUUGUCAAGUAUUAGUAACUAAAUUUUUAAUUAAAAAAGUCGAAUUUUCUAUUAGUCUUGCAGCAGUUAGGCGGUUUUGGUCUUGGUCUGGGAAAAAUCAAAUGAACUUUUUUGUACGAAAUUUUGUCUAGAAUCAUCCUCCAGAGCCAUUAAGAAAUGAGACACCCUGUAUAUUUGUAUAUUAUUUAUUAAAUAAUAUUUAUACAACAUGAACAAAAAUAAACCUCCCCAUAUUAACCUAAUAGGUGUCUAACGGAACAGAAGUCCUGUCUCAAAACUUCAACCUGCUGGUGGCAGUCCCUACAGCUAGGAUCAUCGGGGCUGGAGAGAUCCGCAUCAAGCAAGGCAGUGCCAUCAGCCUAGUCUGCGUCAUAGAGAACGUAAGUAAUACAGAGUAAUUAGCAAUAUUUACCGAAAGGGGAGGUGAGAGAAGGCGUGUUAUUCAAUAAGUUAAUUAAUAUAACUAAAUUAAAUUAAAACCUCAAGUAAAUAGAGGAUAAUGCUUGAAAAUAUUUAUUAAUAUUUACCUAUAUUAACACUAAAAAAACGACGCCGAAACUCUUGCUGGGAUACUAAAUCCAAAUGAAGAGUGGUCAGACCUAUUCCCAAAUAAUUUUAAUAGUUUACUAUUUCCAAAUGGUGUGCUUCAAAUGUCUGCGCCAUUGAGAACUUGAGUAUUACAGAGUAAUUAGCAAUAAGUACCGAAGUGGGGGAGAGAAAGCGUGAUUUAAUUAGUUAAUUAAUUAAAUUAAAUUAAAUUAAAUUAGUGUCAAAACUGGAGAAUUAAAAUAAAUUCCAAUAAAUCCCAUCAAAUUACCUUCACACUAAAUCAAUGACUUCCUGUCCUUCAGUAUCCUUUAACAGCACCUCACUUAUUCCUGUUGAACAAAUCCGUUACCUAGGACUCCACUUGGACAAACAUCUAACUUAGAAUCCUCAUACCAGACUGAAACGACAGGAAACAGCUCGACGUUUCCGACUACUUCAACACUUACUAGACAAACGCUCUAACCUUCCAAUUAAUUACAAAGGAAUCAUUUACAUGACUAUAAUAAAGCCUAUUUGGACUUACGGAGUUGAGCUAUGGGGCUCCACCAAACCUUCGAAUUCCCCUCCUAUCCAACCGUUACAAUCCAAAAUCCUUCGUAAAAUCCUCAAUGCUCCUUACUUUGUUACAAAUAAAAUCAUCCACAACGACCUUAAUGUUCCUUAUGUAUCCAGAUGUUCCUCAUGUAGAUUUGGCCUAAUCCAGAUAUUUAUCCUUCCAUAAUAAACUUCAUAACCAUCCCAACCCUCUUGUUUCUAACCUUGUUUCCUAUUCUAUUCCUGAUAACCCUACGAACAGUCUGAAAAGAAGAUGGCCCCGCGAUCUCCUAAUAUAGAUAUAGUAUUAGAGUGCUACCAAUGGGUAGUUUCUCAACAUGUGUUUCAUGUCAUUAUAUCCAUGUACGAAUUUACUAGAUGUAUUUUUUUUUUUAUACAGUUGUAAAUAUCAUAUGAAUAAUAAUAAAAAAAUAAUUAAAUUAAACCCUCAAUUCAACAGAGGGUAAUUGAGCUACUUUCUUCCACGCACCAUAUUAUUAUUUUUAAAAGAGUAAAUUAACUUAAAAAACUAAUUUGAUUUCACUAGGAACUAUUUUAAACCCUUUUAUUACAAUUAAUUUAUUUUAUUUUUAUUUUCAAAAAUUACUGACAAUGUUCAGGAUCUUUUGCCCAUUUUAAAGUCCAAAAUGCACAUCUUAAGGUCCUCAAUUAAAUGUAAAUUCAAUAAAAUUUAAUUCAUUUAAUUUUUUUAAUAUAUAAAGAAAUAAAAUUUUAAAAAAUACACUUACAAAAACUACAGUCAUUUCAUAAUUGGUAAUUGGUUGACUGUCGUGGAUAAUGAAGAGAAGAAUAGUUGGUGUGGUCAGUCAAAAAGGAAGGCAAAAAUAAAAGAUAAUAUUUAUUUUUUACAUAUGCCGACGUUUCGACCUGAAGUUCAGGCCUUCAUCAGGGCUAAGAAAAUAACCAGAUAACAAGGUAUGAGAAACAUAAGUAGUGAUGGUAAAAAAAAAAAAAAAAGUCGAAACGUCGGCAUAUGUAAAAAAUAAAUAUUAUCAUUUAUUUUUGCUUUCCUUUUUGACUGACCACCCCAACUAUUCUUCUCUUCAUUACAGUCAUUUCAAUCCAAAAUUUUACGACUUAUAACUGGAGCUCCCCGGUACGUCAACAACAAAACAUUACAUAAAGACUUACGACAACCAACUACAGACCAACAUAUACGUACUCUCUACUCUCGUUUUCAUCUCAAACUACACGGACACACAAACAGACUUAUAAACGAUAUGGCUACGACUGAUAUGUCCAUCAGGAAGAGACUAAAAAGGAGUUGGAUGAGAGAUCUCCUCACCUAAAUCAAAGAAAUAAAUAAUAACCAGGAAGAGGUGCUGCUGGGUACUAUCCUUCCUCAUGCCUAUAAUGUCAAUCCUCAUCAUCACAACACAUCUGCUGAUUGUCAAAACCAUGACAGGUGCGGAUAGAUAGUAAAAGAGAAAAAAAAAGGAAUGGAAUACAUAACAUUAUUCUGUUAUAUAUACAACAAAGUACAAUAAGUAUAAAUCAAACAAAUUAAAAAAAUAUAUUUAUUUUAUAUUGUCUUGUCAAUGUAAAGUUUAUAUUGUAUUAUCAUUUAAAAAAAAAAUGUUUUAUGCUACCGAGGAUUAUUGUUUAUUUGCCGUUGCACAUAUAUUAAAGACGACAUAUGUAAGUAGAGGACUUUAUACUAUGUCAGCAAAAGUUUUUUUAUUUUAUUAAGAAAACAAACGUAAAAUGUAUAUGUGAUAAAGCUAUCUAUCAACUGGCAAGUGAUAUACAACCGAUGUGAUAUACAAUGAGAUAUAACCAAAUAGAAAAAAUUAAACAUUAAUACUGUUCGUAAACAUAAAAAAAUAAAAAUGAAACAAUAACAAUAACUGUAAAUCAAAAAGUUUUGUAGCAACGCGUUUCCUCAUUGAGACCACUGAUAUCUUCAUAAGGUUUUAUUUUAGAUUAGAAUCGUAAUUUUAUAGCUAGAGACACAGAAAAUCCAGAGGCAUGUAAUAUCCUUCCCAAAGAAUCCAAAAAAAUAUAAUACUUUUUUUUAUUAUUUCGACAAAAAGAAUUGUUGAGGAAGGUUUUAGAGCCAGCAUAAAAACUUUGUAUGGCAAACAAAUAACUGUUUUUACGACAGCUCUUCAAAGGGAGCUCUUAAAAAUUUCCAAUUACACAGUCACACACACACACACAAAACAAUUUUACAAACGCUUUUGUUGCAGCUUUGUAGGAACAAACAGGAUUUUUACAUUUAUGAAAGAGAAAUUCAUUUAAAACUGAAAAAAAAAAUGAAACCAAGAAAGAUAAAUAAAAAUUAUUUGAAAUAUUGAAAUAUGGGUGUUCAGUUAAAAUAUACAUAUAUGGCGAUUCGUUCAAUAAUAUUUUCAAGUUAUUCUUCUAUUUUUGGAAUGAUUUAUGGUCCUCAGUUUGAUUAAGGCCUGCCGUAUACUUUAUAAGACCUGCAGAAACUAUGUUAGAACAUCUCAUCAUACAUCCGCCGAAUUUGGCACUACAAUGGGAGUCAGACAGAAAGACAUAGGGAGCCCCCUAUAUUUCAUCACCUUCAUGGAUGAUGUUAUUAAGAAAUGUAAGAGGAAAACCAAGAAGACCAUUGCAACGAGUCAACUGUUCAUCGUUUGCAUUUGCUGAUGACAUUAUGUUAAUAGCUGACAGUAAAGAAAAGUUACAGAUCAAUUUAGAUGUCUGGACAGAAGGGUUAGGAAAAAGAAAAAUGCCAUUAGCACUUACAAGACCAAGUGUAUGCUGGUGUCCAGAAAAAGAAGAAUUUUGGGAUUCGCAUUCAUGAAGAGAUGAUACAAUAAGUUCCUACGUUCAAGUAUUUUGGAGUGACGAUCAGUGAGAGCGAGAAGAUCAAAGACGAAAUUAAUACAAGAAUUGUCACUUCAGGAAGGAUGUCCUCUGCCAUCAAUAAAGGGAGUUUUAAAGUAAGAGAGAAGUUGCAAAAGAAACAAAAUUAGCCGUAUAUCGCUCGACGUACGUCCCUAUCCUCAUUCAUGGAAGCGUAUCCUGCACCCUGAAGGAACGUGAUCGCAGCCGCCUUUAAAGCAUGGAAAUGAGGUGUGAAGGAAAAUAGAGGUAAAGACCAAGAAAGACCGGUCCUCUAUACGUAACACAACAAUACGGACUACACUAAAAAUCUCACUAAACCCUUCACCCAUAUAAUAGAGAAAGGGCAGAUUCGAUGGUUCAGUUAUGUAAAGAGGAUGGAUGACCGCCGUUCAGCAAAGAACAUAAUGGAGGCUAAACCAGCGGGAAAACGACCUUCCUCUACGACCAAGAAUUACCUCGGAAGAUAAUCUCAAGAAUAUUCUUACAGAUAAGGGAAUUGGAUGGCCAGAAGCCAGGAGAGCAGCCUUCGACAGAGACAGAUGAAAAUUCUUGUAAAAAAGUCUCUACGGUGAAAGAAAAGAUUAAUGAAUAAUAAGAAGAAGAAGUUUGAUUAAGACUUUUUUUUGCACUUUCAUUUAUUUAACUGCAACUGUCAAUCACAACUGCCCGCAACCAUCAGAUAUGCUGGCAUAGUCAAGAGAAAAAAUAAAAUAAAACAAUAUAAAUAGGUUUGAUAGGUAUAAGGAAAAGCAAUACUAGCGAUAUAACUUUCAUGGGUUUUCUUUACUAAAAUAUUAUUUAAGUAGAUCCCUCAUACAGACUCUUUUCAGUUGUCUUCUAAACUUUUCAGGCAUAAUAGUUGGGAUCAUUUAUUUUACCAGCUGGUUGGAGUGUCUGGAUUUAAAAUAUUAUGAAAUCGUUUGUAGUAAGUUUGACUUAGACUUAAUUUGAUUCUUUUUGUGUAUCUAUAAAGAUUCAAUUAAGUUGGAAUUAUAAUAAAAUAAAAACAGGUGAACAAAGUUUUAUCAAUAAUAAAUUGUUCUUUAUUAAAUCAAUAAUAUUAUUUAUUUAUUGAAAUAUAUUACACUCUGUCACGACUACAUUAGUAAUAGUGAUAAAACAGUUCAUUCACACCGUAUGCACAAUAAAUAAAAAUAAAAAUAAAUUAAAAGUAAUCUAAAUAACAACUUAAUUACCGGUAAACUAGAUGGAAAUAUUUAUAAGCAUUCUUUCAGGGAAAUUUCUAUCCAAGCCUUUCUUCCCAGAUUUGGAAUCGGGGCUAGAAGAUCUCAGCUCAUCUCUCUCAGCUGGUGUAAUGACCAGUAGAAAUAAAUUUAAAAAAUAAUAUAAAAACAAAACAACACAACAAACAAAACAACAAAUAUAAAUAAAAAUAAUCUUGUACUUGAUAUAAUAAUAUGAAAAUUUAUAACCACAAAUCCCAACUUUAUAGGAAGACAGAAACAAAAACAGAAUUCGGUAAAAUCAUGGUGGUUAAAAGCUUUAAAUACCAUGGCGAAAUAAUCAGCAGAAUUUAUCUGAGAAAGAAAGCAUGGAGUACAGAAUACAAAAUUUAAAGAAAUUAUGCUACUUAACGAGUAGCAUUUAUAAUAAAAAAUACCUCUCUAAAAAGUCUAAAAUCAGGCACUACAAUAGAGUGAUAAAGCCAGUGAUACUGUAUGGAACGGAGACAGUUUGGAGAAACUGCUGAAAAUAGAAAGAAGGAUUCUUAGAAGAAUCCAUGGGCCCAAAAUAACACCAGAAGGUUUGGAAACGGAAAUGAGGGUAAGAAAACUUAGGUUUUAUGGAUACAUGCAAAGGCUGACCGAGGAGAGGUUAAACAAGAAGAUUUUCAGUAGGUUUAUGUGACAACAAGUUUAACCAUGGAUAUACGGUACAAAUAAAACAGGAAAUACAGAGGCUUGGGAUAACACUGGAAUUAUGUGAGGAUAGAACAGAAUACAAGAAAUUCCUGAAAAGUGCGGUGCAUGUGGUGGACAGUAGGAAACUUCCGUUCAGAAGGAAAUGGACGGAGGAAAUGAAGAAAAAAUUUAGUGAUAUCUUCAAGCGGCGAUGGGCAGAAAGGAAGAAAUUAAAAAAAACAGUAUCAUAGUCGCGUAGUCCUUCAGGGCUGUUUCGCGACAUAUAAUAAAUAAAUAAUAUGAUUAUAAAAAUAUAGAACGAUUGAAAUUCAAAACACCGACAUUUCGAAUUUCAGUCGCGAUGACGCACGAGGAAGUUAAUCCAUUUAUACGGUUCAAUAUACACUGGAGACCUGACGUCCAUCAAUAUGUAAAUCAGCACUGGGCCAUACAUGGCCAUUUCAGAAAUCAAUGCUUCAUAUUUCAGCGUUUCACCAAUAUAUAUAUAUAUAU